AUGUCCAUGCUGAAGCUGCAGGGGGCGCUGCUGCUGCGGGGCACAGGUAGGCAGUUCAACAGGUGGGGAGGGGGAGGGGGGAGUCAGGCAGCCACCUCCCCCCACACAAUUCCACCCCCCCAAAAAAAUUGGGGAGGGGCUGGGGCCCUAUUCCAUCCUAUAAUAUGGGGAGAGUGUGGGGUGGAGUGGGGUAGGGGGUCCUCAGUGGGAGGGCUGCGUCUAAUUCACCCCUGACGCUCUUUCGGUGGCUCCCCCGAUGGGGAGAGAAGCCCCCCUACCCAUAAUUGCAAAUUGGAGGGGAGGGGGUUGGACCCUUCUUCCCAUAUAGGGGGGCAUCUGGCAGCCAGCUUCCCCUACACAGACACACCAAAAAAUUUGGGGAGGGGGCUGGGGCCCUAAAGGUAAAGGAAUCUCUGCUCUUGCCAACCUAGCAGUUCGAAAGCACGUCAAAGUGCAAGUAGAUCAAUAGGUACCGCUCCAGCGGGAAGGUAAAUGGCGUUUCCGUGCGCUGCUCUGGUUCACCAGAAGCAGCUUAGCCCUGCUGGCCACAUGACCCGGAAGCUGUACGCCGGCUCCCUCGGCCAGUAAAGCGAGAUGAGCGCCGCAACCCCAGAGUCGGUCACGACUGGACCUAAUGGUCAGGGGUCCCUUUACCUUUACCUUUAAAUUCAAUUAAUAAUAAUAAGAAGAAGAAUACAGGACAAGACUGUAUCAACACAGGACGCAUUGCAUUUUAUAUUGAAAUACAGGACAUUUCUGUAUUAUACCGGACAGGUGACAACCCUAUACGUGUGCGUGAAGCCUUCCCUGUCUUGUAAUUUGCAGAGGAGGAUGAAACCCUUUCCCCCUUUACAGUUGCUUCGUUGCCGCUUAACGACGGGGCUGGAUCCAUCCCUUUUCCUUCAUUUUGUGUGGGCAGUGUCUUCGUAUUACUUAACAGGAGGUCUCGCUCUUUUCUGCCCACCCCCCGCUGCCCCCAGAACAAGGGUGGGAAUUAAACUUCGUAGUUUGGGGUGUGGUGGGAAGCGGACUUAGUCUCUCCUCAUUCUGGUUUCCCUUCAAUAUUCUCCCCUUUAACGCUUGCCCUUUCCGUUGUGUUUCAGAGAGCCUUUGGAUCAGAGUGAGAAAUUACUCCUCUGCCAGGGUGAAGGAAGAAGCCAGGAAAAGAUGGGUGUGUGAACAAGUAGAGUUGUUGGAAGGUAAGCAUAAUAUAACACGGGUGGCGCUGUGGGUUAAACCACAGAGCCUAGGACUUGCCAAUCAGAAGGUCGGCAGUUCGAAUCCCUGCGACGGGGUGAGCUCCCGUUGCUCAGUCCCUGCUCCUGCCAACCUAGCAGUUUGAAAGCACGACAAAGUGCAAGUAGAUAAAUAGGUACCACUCUGGUGGGAAUGUAAACGGCGUUUCCGUGCGCUGCUCUGGUUCACCAGAAGCGGCUUAGUCCUGCUGGCCACAUGACCCGGAAGCUGUAUGCCGGCUCCCUCGACCGAUAAAGCGAGAUGAGCGCCGCAACCCCAGAGUCGGUCAUGACUGGACCUAAUGGUGAGGGGUCCCUUUACCUCUUAAGCAUUGUAUUAUUAUUAUUUUUUAAACCCUUCCUAUUUAACCAGUUCUAUUAAGGAAAGUUAUAUUAUUAUUAUUAUUAUUAUUAUUAUUAUUAUUAUUAUAUAUUCAUACCCAACCUUUUCCCCCAGACAAGGUCUCAAAGCGACUUAUAGAGAACAACUAAAGAAAACCCUUUACAUUUGUGUGGCUAAGCAAACACUCUUAGGAGAUGCACCUCUGAUCUCUCUCCCUCUCUCUCUCUCUCUCUCUCUCUCUCUCUCUCUCUCUCUCUCGUGAAAGCAUUGGGUUCUUUUGCUUAGCAAAUGAGCAGCACCCUAAGCACUGAAUUCUCUAAAACGAAAAUUGGCUCUCAGGUUUCCCGAUUCUAACUGGAACGUUGGAAGCGGCAAUAUCCCAAUUGCUUAUUUGGAAAAGGGCUGGCAUUCUUUUAUAAUCCAGAGGUACCACUAUAUCUGUCUGGAAACUCUAGAAACGGCUCCCUUUCCUUUCCUAAGGAAGCUGCAGAACUGUGGGCUGAACCCCAUAAAAACAGGAUUAUUUCCCUUUGCAAAGUAAGCUCAACAACUGUGAGCUGAUCCUUCAAAAACCGGGGCUUUCCACCUUUCCUCCUCUAAAAACUUUCUUUAGUCGUUUAGUCGUGUCCGACUCCUCGUGACCCCCUGGACCAGAGCACGCCAGGCCCUCCUGUCUUCCACUGCCUCCCGCAGUUUGGUCAAACUCAUGCUGGUAGCUUCCAGAACACUGUCCCACCAUCUCGUCCUCUGUCGUCCCCUUCUCCUUGUGCCCUCCAUCUUUCCCAACAUCAGGGUCUUUUCCAGGGAGUCUUCUCUUCUCCUGAGGUGACCAAAGUCUUGGAGCCUCAGCUUCAGGAUCUGUCCUUCCAGUGAGCACUCAGGGCUGAUUUCCUUCAGAAUGGAGAGGUUUGAUCUUCUUGCAGUCCAUGGGACUCUCAAGAGUCUCCUCCAGCACCACAAUUCAAAAGCAUCCAUUCUUUGGCGAUCAGCCUUCUUGAUGGUCCAGCUCUCACUUCCAUACAUCACUACUGGGAAAACCCUCUAAAAACUAGGUGCGUCUUAUUUACGGAUGCCUUCUUUAACUCAGCGCGCCGCAUUCCCCAGCGAUUCAAUUCUUCCUUUCCUUUCCUCCCCUGCAGUGCUGGAGGCAAGAGUGCAGCAGCUGAAGGCCGAAAAUGUAUCGGAGGUGGCGGUCAGCGAGGUCCAACGCUCCCGCCUGCGCAAGUUCAGCUCCCUCCCGCCCGCCCCGCGGAAAACGGCCGCUGCCAGCCCGGCUCGGACCGAGAGCGCCCUGAAACGCGAGGAAAAGCCCCAGCCUAGCCGCUGGACCGAGAAGCUGAAGAAGGAGAAGUCGAUGAAGAACAAACGCCUUCUGAAACUGGAGGCCAAGCUCUCAGCCGCCGUCCCGGGCGACGUGGCUGAGCCUGCCCUGGAGUGGAUUGGGCCCGGCGCGAAGGACGAAGAUUUCUCCCUGCACUCUCCCGCUAAAGAGACCCGGGCAAAGCUCAAGGCGCGAGCGUCUAAGUCGCAGAAGUCCAGCAAAGCCGACGAUGGCCAGCCAAACAAGACUGCCAAAGUCUCGAUCGGGACGCAGUCUCGGGAUCCUUCCAGGAGCUGCGAGGAACUGGGGGAGCCCUUUCGGGUCUGGGACGCCGCCGAGGGGACGCUCCCCCUGGACGAGGAAGACGGGAACCGCCACAUGAACGUCAAGCUGAACAUUUUGUCCUAUCUGGACGCCUGCCUUUUUCUCGGUCAGCCCGAAAGGGCCCAGCAGUGCUUGAUGUUUUAUCACCGCUCCCACGCCCGCAGGAAGCGCCUUGACGUCCGAAUGUACAAUCUCGUUAUGCAAGGGUACGCCAAGAAGGUAAGGAGAUUUGCAUCCCUUCUUGCAGUGGUAGUGCCAGGGUGGAUAAAAAUUCAAUUCUUUUUUUUAAAUAACAAAUCUGAUCUUUUUGAUUUAAAUCGGAUUUUUUGUUAUUUAAAUCAGAUUUUUAAAUUUAAAUCAGAUUUUAAAAUUUAAAUCAGAUUUUUAAAAUAAAAUGCUUUUGGAGGAAAUAUCUUUUAUAAAGAUUUUCUAUUUACCGUAUUUUUUGCUCUAUAAGACACACCAGACCACAAGAUGCACCUAGUUUUUGGAGGAGGAAAACAAGGAAAAAAAUAUUCUGAAUCCCAGAAGCCAGAACAGCAAGAGGGAUUGCUGCGCAGUGAAAGCAGCAAUCCCUCUUGCUGUUCUGGCUUCUGGGAUAGCUGCACAGCCUGCAUUCGCUCCAUAAGAUGCACACACAUUUCCCCUUACUUUUUAGGAGCGGAAAAGUGAGUCUUAUAGAGCAAAAAAUACGGUAAGUUAUAUUAUAGUCCAGUCCCACUUCUGACACCAAGGGACACGGAUGGUGCUGUGGGUUAAACCACAGAACCUAGGACUUGCCGAUCAGAAGGUUGGCGGUUCGAAUCCCCGCAAUGACGGGGUGAGCUCCCGUUGCUCGGUCCCUGCUCCUGCCAACCUAGUAGUUCAAAAGCACGUCAAAGUGCAAGUAGAUAAAUAGGUACCGCUCCGGCGGGAAGGUAAACGGCGUUUCCGUGCGCUGCUCUGGUUCGCCAGAAGCGGCUUAGUCCUGCUGGCCACAUGACCCGGAAGCUGUACGCAGGCUCCCUCGGCCAGUAAAGCGAGAUGAGCGCCACAACCCCAGAGUCGUACACGACUGGACCUAACAGUCAGGGGUCCCUUUACCUUUAUAGUCCAAAGGCUAUUCAUCAGGAAAUAAGGAUUUAUUUUAAGUUUCUCAUGUGUGCUAAAACUCACUCUAAGUUGUUUUGUUUUUUUUAAAAAAAAGUUUAACCACAUUAGUUAACAAACAUGGACACAUAUGCUAUAAUGUUAUUGCUUUACUUAAAUGAAUUGUUUAAAUUGUUAUGAAGGAAAUGUUUUCUUCUUCCAAUAAAGCACAGCAGAAAAGUUGUCCAAAUAUAAACAGUUAAUUUAUUAAACCUCACAAUGAUUUCAUUAUUAUCAGUCUGUGUGUUUCUAAGGGUAUAACCAAGUCAGUAAUUUUUGAUAUAACUGUAAAAACUACUCUGAAAAUUUAUAAUUCCGAAAAUGAAAGCUUCCUCUGUUUGUAAAUAUUAAGAUUAUACCAGCAAGAAUGAGUCUUUCUGUAAAAAAAGUGAUUUAAAACAAGUCUUACUGACUAGUGAUUUAAAUUAAGUCUUACUGACUAGUGAUUUAAAUCGUGAUUUAAAUCGAUUUGAUUUAAAUCAAGCCCACCCUGGGUAGCGCAGAUCUCUCUGGAUUUUGGCAUUGCAAGGUAGCUGAGGAAGGGAUUAUUUUAUACAGUGGUACCUUGGCUUUUGAACGUAAUCCGUUCUGGAAGACCGUUCGACUUCCGAAACGUUUGAAAACCGAGUCGCAAAGGGCGGUCUGCAAAUUCAAUUGAGAAAAAACACUCAACGGAAUUUGUUUGACUUCCGAGACGAGUUUGCAAACGGAAGCAUUUGCUUCUGGGUCUUCUGCGUUCGGGUUCCGAAACGUUUGUCAACGGAGAUGUUCGAGAACCGAGGUACCGCUGUUCAUUGUUUGGGACAAUGCAAAACAUGACAGAAAUAUUUCGCGUUUCAUGACUCCUUCAUGGAUUUUAAUGGUUAAAGCAAUGGUGGGGUUUUUUUAACGUUGCUUAAAUCAGAAAACCGUUGUGCCGUCUCGACUGUUUUAAGGUGGAAAAGAAAAUAUGAAACGCACCGUUUUGUAAAAUUAAUGAGCAGUUACCAAGACAAUGGCCUGGUUCUAACACAAUGCUAAAACCAUAUAGCAUGGGUAGGCAAACUAAGGCCCGGGGGCCGGAUCUAGCCCAAUUGCCUUCUCAAUCCGGCCUGAGGAUUGUCCAGGAAUCAGCGUGUUUUUACAUGAGUAGAAUGUGUGCUUUUAUUUCAAAUGCAUCUCUGGGUUAUUUGUGGGGCAUAGGAAUUCGUUCAUUUUUUUUUCUUCCAAAGUACACUCUGGCCCACCUCAAGGUCUGAGGGACAGUGGACUGGCCCCCUGCUGAAAAAGUUUGCUGAUCCCUGCUAUAUAGCUUAAAGGUAAAGGGACCCCUGACCAUUAGGUCCAGUCAUGGCCGACUCUGGGGUUGCGGUGCUCAUCUCGCUUUACUGGCCGAGAGAGCCGCCGUACAGCUUCCGGGUCAUGUGGCCAGCAGGACUAAGCCGCUUCUGGCGAACCAGAGCAGCGCACGGAAACGCCGUUUACCUUCCUGCCGAACCGGUACCUAUUGAUCUACUUGCACUUUGAGGUGCUUUCAAACUGCUAGGUGGGCAGGAGCAGGGACCGAGCAAUGGGAGCUCACCCCGUUGCGGGGAUUCAAACCGCCGACCUUCUGAUUGGCAAGUCCUAGGCUCUGUGGUUUAACCCACAGCGCCACCCGCGUCCCUUUCUAUAUAGCUUAGCACUAUGCAAAUGGCUUCAGACGAGUCACAGGCUCACGCUUCUCUUGCAAGGGGUUGGUUGGAAGAAUUCACUUCGGGGCGAAGGGCUUUGUAGCUCAGCAGCAAAGCAUCUGCCUUGAAUGCAGAUAAGCAACAAGCCCUGGUCCUGGUUUGAAUAUCCUGUCCUUUCUUUCUCCCCCCAGGGCCUCCUGUCACAGGUUGGCAGACUCUUCCACCUCCUCGAGGAAGCUGGCUUGAGGCCCAACCCGGACUCUUACGCCGCUGCGCUCGCUUGCAUGGGGCAGUGUGAGGCGUCUCACAACAUCAUCUUCAGGUGUUAAUCUUCUCAUUGGUCCCUUCUUGCUCAGCGACAGCGGUGGUGCAGUGGUUAGAGCAUUGGGGCUGUGGCCUGGGUUCGAAUCCCCACUCUGCCAUGAAGUUCACUGGGUGACCUUGGGCCAGUUGACACUCUCAGCCUAACCCACCUACCGGAUUAAACGAACUCAGGAAACCAGGGUUUGACUCCCCCACUAUGGCCAUGAAGCUUUCAGGGAUGGGGGGGGCAUUGGGGACCAGUCACCGCCUCUCCACCUAACCUACCUGACAGGUGUGUGGUUGACUGAGAAGGGCCAUGUACACCAUCUUAAGCUCCUUGGCAGAAAACGUGAUCUACAGAUAUCUUUCUAUAUAAAUAGAAAUGAAGGGUGUCGUCGCGCUAUGCAUUCCAAUGGGAAUAGCAAGCUUCUCUGUCCUCCCUUCUCCUGUAGAAGGGGGGGGGGGAGGUUAGUGCUUGUGCCAGGAGAUAUGUGGGGAACUUGAAUAAUAACAUUCACUUCUCCAUUUCCCAUAAACCAACUCCCCCUCCCUCCCAGUCUUCAAGUCCCGAUACCGCAAGUUCAUUUUCCUUACUGUGCAUAAAGUCCAGAAGAGUUUUCCAAUCAUUCAUAAAUCGCCAGCGGUGAUUAUAAGCAUGUUGACUUUGCCGUCUCAGCCAAAGCCAUUCAUUUCGAUAGGCGUUUUUUGAUAGGCGGUAAUGACGAGUCUCCACAAGAGGAAUGGGAGGGGGCCACUUUCUACGGACACUGCUGACCCAAGCCUCUUUCUUUGCCGUUCCUUCCUCUCCCCCCCCCCCCCGGACCUCCACAGAUGCCUUCAGCAACUCAAGGAAGACGGCUUUCAAGUGAAGGACCUCUUCCGGGACUCUGGGUUCGAGGAAGACUGGAGGAAGAUGGUUCUGAAAGCCGUCCGGAGGGUUGUGGAAGACUUCCAGCCCCCGCCUCCUCGCCCUGCCGAAAUCUGCACGGUUCCCCUACUUCGGGACUUCUACGCGAAGGUAACAAGAACAACAACAACAAUUAUUGUUAUUAUUUAUACCCCACCCAUCUGGCUGGCUUUCCCCAGACACUCUGGGCAGCUUCCAGCAGGAUAUUACAAACACGAUUUAACAUCCAACAUUAAAAACAGGACUGCCUUCAGAUGUCUUCUAAAAGUCAGAUACAGUAGUUGUUUAUUUCCUUGACUUUGGUGGGAGGGUGUUCCACAGGGCGGGUGCCACCACCGAGAAGGCCCUCUGCCUGGUUCCCUGUAUCUUCGCUGCUCACAGGGAGGGCACCGCCAGAAGACCCUCGGAGCUGGGCCUCAGUGUCUGGGCUGGACGAUGGGGGUGGAGAUGCUCCUUCAGGUAUACUGGGCUGAGGCUGAUUAGGGCUUUCAAGGUCAACACCAACACUGGGAGCCGGUGUAGGUCUUUCAGGACUGGUGUUAUGUGGUCUCGGCGGCCGCUCCCAGUCACCAGUCUGGCUGCCGCAUUCUGGAUUAGUUGCAGUUUCUGAGUCACCUUCAGAAGUAGCCCCAUGUAGAGUGCGUUGCAGUAGUCCAAGCGGGAGAUAACCAGGGCAUGGACCACUCUGGAGAGACUGUCUGCGGGCAGGUACGGUCUCAUCCUGUGUACCAGAUGGAGGUAGUAGACAGCUGCCCUGGACACAGAGUGGACCUGUUCCUCCAUGGACAGUGAUGAGUCUAAAAUGACCCCCACCUGGUCCUUCGGGGGCACAGUUACCCCAUUCAGGACCAGGGAGUCCCCCAAACCUGCCCGCCCCUGUCCCCCCAAAACAGUGGAUCCCCAAGCCCCAAGAACAGUCUAGCUGAGGUUAGUAAACGCUGGGGAUAAGGAACACAGGAGAGGUCUCUACCACCUUAAUGCCCUUUGCCUGCUGAGCGGCACUAGGUAAAGGUAAAGGGACCCCUGACCGUUAGGUCCAGUUGUGGCCGACUCUGGGGUUGCGGUGCUCAUCUUGCUUUAUUGGCCGAGGGAGCCGGCGUACAGCUUCCGGGUCAUGUGGCCAGCAGGACUAAGCCGCUUCUGGCGAACCAGAGCAGCUCACGGAAACGCUGUUUACCUUCCCGCCGGAGCGGUACCUAGUUAUCUAUUUGUGCUGGCGUGCUUUCGAACUGCUAGGUUGGUAGGAGCAGGGACCGAGCAACGGGAGCUCACUCCGUCGCAGGGAUUCGAACCGCCGACCUUCUGAUCGGCAAGCCCUGUGCUCUGUGGUUUAACCCCAUGGUGCCCUGCCAACCCCCUGCCCACUUUUCUUUUUCGCCCCAGGGGAAGCCCGUCUCCUACCCCAAGCUCGAUUUCACGGCGCAAGAACUGCGGGACCAGUUCCGGAAGCAGCUGGCGAUGGAGGCGUCGGACACGGUCACCAUCGACUCCGUGGAGGCAGCCAAGCCCUUGACGGAGGAAGCCAGCAGAGCGGUAAAAGGAUGAGAGAGAGAAAGAAUUUGAACCGUUAAAACGAAAAGGGUCCAACAGUGUUGAAAUUUUGGGAGGCUGGAUAGUUGCCAUGGAAUCCGGGUGGAUUUGAUUCAAAUCAAAUCGAUUUAAAUUGCGAUUUAGAUCACUAGUCAGUAAGACUUGAUUUAAAAUCCCUAGUCAGUAAGACUUGAUUUAAAAUCACUAGUCAGUAAGACUUGAUUUAAAAUCACUAUUCAGUAAGACUUGAUUUAAAAUCACUCGACAGUAAGACUUGAUUUAAAUCACUUUUUUACAGAAAGACUCAUUCUUGCUGGUAUAAUCUUAAUACUUACAACCAUAUAAAGGUUUCAUUUUUGGAAUAACUUUCCAGAGUAGUUUUUACGGUUUACAUCAAAAAUUACUGAUUUGGUUAUACUAUUAGAAAUACAUUGAUAAUUAUGAAAUUAUUGCGAGGUUUAAUAAUUUAACUGUUUAUAUUUGGACAACUUUUCUGCUGUACUUUACUUGAAGGAGAAAAAUAAUCAUUUCCUUAAUAACCAUUUAAACGAUCUAUUUAACUAAAACAAUGACAUUAUAGCACAUUCAUCCAUGUUUGUUAACUGAUGUGUUAAACAUAAAAAAAAAAAAAACUUAGAGUGAGUUUUAGCACACAGGAAAAACUUAAAUCGUGAUUUAAAUUGAUUUGAUUUACAUCAGAUCCACCCUGCCAUGAUGCCAGCUACCGGUGGAGAUUAGCCAGGAGGGGGAAAACCAUGAGAGGAGCUGCUUCCUUUGAAACCCGGGAAAUUUAAGGGACAUCAUCAAUAAGGGACAGCAGCAGGACACGGCGCUGGGAUAAGGGACUGUCCUGCCAAAUAAGGGACACUUGACAGCUAUGAGUUUGCGGCCGGCUUGCUGCUGCGGUGCCCUGAAGCGGCAGUCCGCCUAUCCUCCUCUCUCUGCAGCCCUGGGAAUACGCUGCGGCCACUUACCGUAUUUUUCGCUCCAUAAGACGCACUUUUUUCCUCCUAAAAAGUAAGGGGAAAUGUCUGUGCGUCUUAUGGAGCGAAUGCGUGGUCCCUGGAGCCAAAUUGCCCAGGGGUGAAAAGCAGAUCGUGCUUUUUUUUUUUUUUUUUUUUUUACAAAGAGGAAAGAGGGUGUUGAAACGACUCCGCUAAGCAGCUGAUCGGCAAGUGAUCGGAAGGGAGAUAAGGGAUGCUAGCGAUAAAGGAGGCUGCCUGGGAGGGGGGAGGUAAAAGCACAUGGAUCCUCAGGAUUUUUGCAUUGGGUCACCCCAAAUUCACCAUCAGAUCACAUAGCAUGUCCAUGGCUAUAGCCUGCACCAAAAAAAAUCACACAUCCACUGUUCUGUGGUUACAAAGCACGGAUCCACAUGGAUUCUCAGGAUUUUUGCAUUGGGCUACCCCAAACUUACUGUCAAAUCACAUAUCGUGUCUGUGGCCACAGCAUGAACCACAACAAUCAUACAUUCACUGUUUCGUUCAGAAUUAUUCUUUUUCUAGUUUUCCUCUUCUAAAAACUAGGUGUGUCUUAUGGUCAGGUGCGUCUUAUGGAGCGAAAAAUACGGUAAUGCCCCAUUGUGAUGAUGAUAAUGAUGAUGUAACUUUCUUUACGGUUUUGCUCAUGUGCAGCGGAGUCUCCUGUCCGUCCUCCGCAGCCGCUGGCGCACAUCUCUCUUGCAGAGCCUGCAAGAAUCCAAGCUGCACAUGGCGCAACGGAAUUCGGGUCAGCUAAACCUCUACCCCUUCCUCUGCGUUCUGAAAGACGAAGAAUACGUUGACGUCCUCAUGCGGGUAAGAGGGUUUCUUCCCCCCCCCCCAUAAUUUUUAAAAACUUUUCCGCCUUACGUGUUAGAAUAUUCAUUUAAACAACCUUAAAAUAUCAAUUCAUCAUGCGAAAGGCUGAGCUGGAUAAAUCCCAAGCCGGAAUUAAGAUUGCUGGAAGAAAUAUCAACAACCUCAGAUAUGCACAUGACACAACCUUGAUGGCAGAAAGUGAGGAGGAAUUAAAGAACCUUUUGAUGAGGGUGAAAGAGGAGAGCGCAAAAUAUGGUCUGAAGCUCAACAUCAAAAAAACGAAGAUCGUGGCCACUGGUCCCAUCACCUCCUGGCAAAUAGAAGGGGAAGAAAUGGAGGCAGUGAGAGAUUUUACUUUCUUGGGCUCCAUGAUCACUGCAGAUGGUGACAGCAGCCACGAAAUUAAAAGACGCCUGCUUCUUGGGAGUAAAGCAAUGACAAACCUAGACAGCAUCUUAAAAAGCAGAGACAUCACCUUGCCAACAAAGGUCCGUAUAGUUAAAGCUAUGGUUUUCCCAGUAGUGAUGUAUGGAAGUGAGAGCUGGACCAUCAAGAAGGCUGAUGGCCGAAGAAUGGAUGCUUUUGAAUUCUGGUGCUGGAGGAGACUCUUGAGAGUCCCAUGGACUGUGAGAAGAUCAAACCGAUCCAUUCUUAAGGAAAUCAGCCCUGAGUUAUCACUGGAAGGACAGAUCCUGAAGCUGAGGCUCCAAGACUUUGGCCACCUCAUGAGAAGAGAAGACUCCCUGGAAAAGACCCUGAUGUUCCUUUUUAACCAGGCCUUUGGUUGAUCUGAUUUACAUCCUAUCCCCUUUUAAAAUGUGUUUUGUUUUUUUUGUGGGGUGGGGUAUUGGAUUGUCGUUUUUAUUUUUAUUAUGCAUUUUGUGGUUUUAUAUCUUGGAUUUUAUUCUGUGAACUGCCCUGAGACCCCUGGGUAUAGGGUGGUAUGUAAGUUCAAUAAAUAAAGUAAUAACCUCCUUUCUCCCCCAGAGCCUCAACAACCUGUCGCCGCAAGGGGAGUCUCUCCUGGUCUUGGCAAGGGAACUGGGCUCCAAAGUCUACAGCAAGUUCAUGUUGCAGAAGAAAUCCAGGAGCCGCUUGGUGGAGAAGAUCCAGCGGCUGUACGACAAAUACGUGCAGCUGCUCGCGAAGGACACUCAGGUAAGCGCCGUCGCCUUCACGCCCCCGGUCCUGCUCAACCAAGUCUCCCGAAUUCCUUCCUUCUUUCCGUGACAUUUGUAUCCUGCCUUCCCUCCCGAGACACAAUGGUUCUCCCCCUUUUUGCCGUCACGACAACCCUGGAAGGUAGGUUGGGCUGAGAGCGAGCGACUGGCCAAAGGUCGCCUGGUGAAGUGGAGAUUCGAACCCGAGUCUCUCCCAGUCAUAAUCCAGCCCUCUAACAUAUCCAGCCCUGUAAAAUUGGCUCUCAGUGUUCAUCUUACCGUUUUGUUUUGUAGUGUUACGGGUUACGUUUAAUGGAAUGUUUUCGACUGCUGGAAUAAUUUCCAAUACAGUGGUACCUUGGGUUACAUACGCUUCAGGUUACAGACUUUGCUAACCCAGAAAUAGUGCCUCGGGUUAAGAACUUUGCUUCAGGAUGAGAACAGAAAUCGUGCUCUGGCGGCGCAGCGGCAGCAGGAGGCCCCAUUAGCUAAAGUGGUGCUUCAGGUUAAGAACAGUUUCAGGUUAAGAACGGACCUCCGGAACAAGUAAAGUACUUAACCCGAGGUACCACUGUAAUAAUAAUCAUAAUUUAUUAUUUAUACCCUGCCCAUCUGGCCAGGCCUCCCCAGCCACUCUGGGCGGCUCCCAACAGAAUAUUAAAAACACGAUAAAACAUCAAACAUGAAAAACUUCCCCAAACAGGGCUGCCUUCUGAUGUCUUGUAAAAGUCAGAUAGUUGUUUGACAUCUGAUGGGAGGAUGUUCCACAGGGCGGGCGCCACCACCGAGAAGCCCCUCUGCCUGGUUCCCUGUAGCUUCACUUCUCGCAGGGAGGGAACCACCAGAAGGCCCUUGGAGCUGGACCUCAGUGUCCGGGGAGAACGAUGGGGGUGGAUACGCUCCAUCAGGGAUACUGGGCCAUUUAGGGCUUUAAUGGUCAGCACGAAUACUUUGAAUUGUGCUCGGUAACAUGCUGGGACCCUAUGUAGCUCUUUCAGGACCAGUGCUAUAUGGCCUCUCCCAGUCACCAGUCUAGCUGCCGCAUUCUGGAUUAGUUCUGGUUUCCAGGUCACCUUCAAAGGCAGCCCCACGGAGAGCGCAUGGCAGUAGUCCAAGCGGGAGAUAACCAGAGCGUGGACCACCGACAAACAUCGGUAAAAGAACCGGGGACUUCAGUCGCCUCUAACCUCGAACCCUUCCUUUCCCGCAGCCGGACGGCUACCUGCCUCGCGAGUACUGGGAGAAGCUGGCGGCCGAGGACGGCUGCAGCCCCUCGCUGGUGUGCAAGGAGCAGCUCUGGCCCCAUGCCCUUCUCGUGCAACUGGGCUUGCACCUGGUGGAGCUGCUGGUGCAGGUUCUCAAGAUGGAGAGCAACCUCUUGAACCCGGGACUGGAGCAGAAGCUCAUCCCCGUCCUCUACCACGUCUACUCCUUCCGCAGCGGCCGCCAGGUAGGGGGACGGGGCAAGGACCCGCCGGUUGCAAAUUAGCAGCGGCUAGGAGGAAAGCUUUGCUUGCAAUGGACAGGAAACUGGGGCGGGGCCUAUGUGGUCGUGGUGGGCGGGGCCAGGGCAAAAGUGGGCGGGGCAACGGAGGUGGGCGGGGGCUGCAUUGCGACCUUUAAAGCCCUAUACGGCCUAGAACCCUCGUACCUACGGGAGCACCUCUCCUGGUAUGUCCCACAGAGGAACUUACAAUCGUCAAACAAAAACAUCUUGGCGGUCCCGGGCCACAGGGGGGUUAGGCUGGCCUCGACCAGAGCCAGGGCCUUUUCGGCUGUGGCCCCGAUCUGGUGGAAUGCUCUGCCACAAGAGACUAGGGCCCUGUGGGACUUGACAUCUUUCCGCAGGGCCUGCAAGACGGAGCUGUUCCACCAGGCCUUUGGUCAGGGCACAGCCUGACUCCCUCCUUUGGCAAUCCUCACAGAACUUCUAGCCCAAUGGUUGUAAUUAGUCUGAUUUGAACUGAUUUUAUAAUGAAAUGAUUUUAGAAUGUUGUAUUAUUUUAUUGUUGUUAGCCGCCCUGAGCCCGGCUUUGGCUGGGGAGGGCAGGAUAUAAAUAAAUAAAUAAAAUCAUUAUUAUUAUUAUUCCAGGGCUUGGGUACCUCUCAUUCAUCCUUGGACCCCUUCCCUCUCUCGUCGCCCCCUCUUUCCCACUCCCCGUCUCUCUGUCAGCCCCCUUAACCCCUUCUCUCUCAGCCUACUACUUUUUAUUAUUGUUACUAUCAAAAUAAAUUUGUUUUCAAUUUAAAAAAUCCAAUAUAUGCCACAUGGUAUCAGUACCAGAUUACCCCACACAUUUCUCGUUAACAUUAACAAAUAAUCAACAAGAAGACAUUUUUACCACCCCACCCCCCAAAUCCCCGAACCACCGACCUUCUGAUCGGCAAGCCCUAGGCUCUGUGGUUUAGACCACAGCGCCACCCACGUCCCAUUUAGAAACAGUUAAAAGGUAAAGGGACCCCUGACCAUUAGGUCCAGUUGCGGAUGACUCUGGGGUUGCGGCGCUCAUCUCGCUUUAUUGGCUGAGGGAUCCGGCGUACAGCUUCCGGGUCAUGUGGCCAGCAGGACUAAGCCGCUUCUGGCGAACCAGAGCAGUGCACGGAAACGCCAUUUACCUUCCCGCUGGAGCGGUACCUAUUUAUCUACUUGCACAGGCAUGCUUUUGAACUGCUAGGUUGGCAGGAGCAGGGACCGAGCAACGGGAGCUCACCCCGUCAUUGCGGGGAUUCGAACCGCCAACCUUCUGAUCGGCAAGCCCUAGGCUCUGUGGUUUAACCCACAGCGCCACCCUAGACCCGCCUUAUACACGGGGAAAAUAAUGCAAGUGGUAAGUUCUCCCUCCUUUCCCCCCUGCAGGUGGGCUUCAUCAGGCCGCACCCCCUGUUCGCCCGCCUUCUCAUGGAGGCCGCCGAGACCACCCUGACCUUCGACUCCUUCGUCAUCCCCAUGCUCUGUCCGCCCAUCCCCUGGGUGUCCACGCAGUUCGGCGCCUACGUCUUCGCCCCCACCAAGCUCAUGCGCUACGUGGAAGGGGCGGUUCAGCACCAGCUGUUGCUGGACCGCGCCCCGCGCAGCAGCCUCUACCCUGUCAUGGAUGCCCUGAACCAACUGGGCAACUGCCCCUGGAAGGUCAACCAAGCCAUCUUGGACGUGGUCAUCUCCGUCUUCAACGACAAGGGCAACGAGAAACUGGACGUCCCCCCGCCGCCCUCGGAAGCCCCCCAGCCCGCUGCGCACUUCCCCGACGGGGCCGCCCCGAGCAAGGUGGCGCUCCGGCGGGAGGCGGCGCGGUGCCGCAAGAAGGCCACGGAAAUGUACAGCCUUCGGAUGGACGCGCUCUACAAGCUAUCCAUCGCCAAGCACAUGAGCGGAAGGGUCUUCUGGUUCCCGCACAACGUGGACUUCCGGGGGAGGACUUAUCCUUGCCCUCCUCACUUCAACCACUUGGGCAGCGACCUCACCAGAGCCAUCUUGCUCUUUGCUGAGGGGCGGCCCCUGGGCCCCCAUGGACUCGACUGGCUGAAGGUCCACCUCGUCAACCUCACGGGGCUGAAGAAGAAGGAGAGCCUGCGGAGCAGACUGGCCUACGCCAACGAAAUCAUGGAGGACAUCUUGGAUUCGGCGGAUCGCCCCCUGACGGUGGGUCAGUGGAGAGGGGGUCAAGUGCCGGGUCCAUUGCGGGCAGGAAUUGGUCCGAUCCAGGGGACGCAGAGACCUUGGGGGACACCCAUCUUACCUGGAGAACAAUAAAAAUGAUUACCGUAUUUUUUGCUCUAUAAGACUCACUUUUUCCCUCCUAAAAAGUAAGGGAAAAUGUGUGUGCAUCUUAUGGAGCGAAUGCAGGCUGCGCAGCUAUCCUAGAAGCCAGAACAGCAAGAGGGAUCGCUGCUUUCACUGCGCAGCGAUCCCUCUUGCUGUUCUGGCUUCUGAGAUUCAGAAUAUUUUUUUUCUUGUUUUCCUCCUCCAAAAACUAGGUGCGUCUUGUGGUCUGGUGCGUCUUAUAGAGCGAAAAAUACGGUAUGCAGUGGUACCUCGGGUUACAGGCACUUCAGGUUACAGACUCCGCUAACCCAGAAAUAGUACCUCGGGUUAAGAACUUUGCUUCAGGAUGAGAACAGAAAUCACACGGCGGCAGCAGGAGGCCCCAUUAGCUAACAUGGUACCUCAGGUUAAGAACAGUUUCAGGUUAAGACCGGACCUCCAGAACGAAUUAAGUUCUUAACCCAAGGUACCACUGUAUGCUGUUUUGAUAAAGGUCACCCCAGAUUAUAGGUUGUACUCCUAAAAUGAGAUCUUGAAAGGGAAGGGUAGGGAACCCAAGGCCCGGGGGUCGGAUGUGGCCCAAUCGCCUUCUAAAUCCGGCCCACAGACGGUCCGGGAAUCAGCGUGUUUUUACAUGAGUAGAAUAUGCGCUUUUAUUUAAAAUGCACCUCUGGGUUAUUUGUGGGGCAAAGGAAUUCGCUCAUUCUCUCCCCCCCCUUCAAUAUAUAAUCUGGCCCCCCACAUGGUCUGAGGGACGGUGGACUGGCCCCCUGCUGAAAAAGGUUGCAGACCCCUGUUGAAAGGGAUGUGUUUGUGUGUUUGCUGGGGGUGUAAAAUACAGAAUUCUCACCAGACGUUAGGAGGUUUGUAGUACAGUCGUAACUGAAUGCCUUGGUACUUGGACGUUUUGCCUUCUUUCCUAGCCUUCAGUGAGAAUUUGCUUGAAGGCUUUAAAAAGUUAGGUGUAUAAUGGUGUCUUCCUGGUUCGCGCCAUUCAGGUUCCCAGAGUCGUUUCCCAUAUAAAUUCUUGAUCUCCCUUAAUGAAAUUAUCUGCGCUGCGCUGAAUUAUCAUCAGUCUGAUUGCUUGACAGCUUGGGUGUAAUCGCAAGUGCUCUCGAACCUCGUUUAUUGAUUUUUUUAUAUAUAUAUACAAAUUCGCUUGUGCUGUUCUGGGUGGUUUUGUUGUAAAAUGCAGAUUUAUUUACUUCCUUUUGCAAUAACCCCCCCCCCCCAAAAAAAACCAUGCCAAUACUUAGAGAAAUUUUGUGCACAAAUAGACGAAAUGAACGUUUUUAAGGGUCUUUAGGGUAAAGGGUGGCGCUGUGGGUUAAACCACAGAGCCUAGGACUUGCCGAUCAGAAGGUUGGCAGUUCGAAUACCCGCAACGGGGUGAGCUCCCGUUGCUCGGUCCCAGCUCCUGCCAACCUAGUUGUUCGAAAGCACGUCAAAGUGCAAGUAGAUCAAUAGGUACCGCUCUGGAGGGAAGGUAAGCGGCGUUUCCAUGCGCUGCUCUGGUUCACCAGAAGCGGCUUAGUCCUGUUGGCCACAUGACCCGGAAGCUGUACGCCGGCUCCCUCGGCCAGUAAAGCGAGAUGAGCGCCGCAACCCCAGAGUCGGUCACGACUGGACCUAAUGGUCAGGGGUCCCUUUACCUUUUUGUCUUGGGGUAAAAAGGUCGCCCAACUAUAGGAGUACUCCUGGCGCCAUCCCCGGGCGCGGGGGCUGACAGGCCUGUCUUGCAAGGUCUGUGCGUCAGCGUGGUCAGGAUAGUUACAACCGGUAAGACCCGACCCAGAUCGGCCAUCUCGUCUCCACUCGGAACUGACAAGGCCAUCCGUUAAGCCUUCAUGGACCGAUAAAGGAGAAGGCUUUGUUUAUACAGCUGCUAAUGGAUCCUUGAAGAAAGAAUUUGGGAAUUUUGGGGCCCGGUUCGGGUGACUGCACAGUCAGGUUUGGGUAACCUGUUCCUUCAGUAAUAGCAAUAAGGACUGCCUCUUUCCGCGGAGGGAAAAUAGCCCAAUAGCCAUGGAUAGACUUCUCCUCCUCCAACAGUUUGCCCAGUCCUCUUUAAAAGUCGGUGCCCAUCGCAGCCUCUUGUGGAAGGCAGUUCCAAAGUCCAACACUUUUCUUCUUUAGACUUCCACAGGUUUGAGCUUUAUGGGAGGGUGGGGAGACUCUUCUCCACGCCGCUGUGCAGAAUUUUCUCAAGUUUCUAGUCCUGGGUACGUCUCCUGGUCGGUUUAACCCUUUCCUCGCCUUACCCUUGCCAGGGCCGGAAGUGGUGGAUGAGCACGGACGAGCCGUGGCAGGCAUUGGCCUGUUGCAUGGAGAUCGCCAAGGCCACCAGAGCCCCGAACCCUGCUGAGUACAUCUCCCAUUUCCCUGUCCAUCAGGUAUGUAUUGGGGGGGGGGCGCCUCUCCCCUCAAAUGUGCUCCUUACCCCUUUCUGUUCAUGAAUUGGAAGUACAGUCGUACCUUGGGAUCCCGAACGCCUUGCAAGUCAAACAUUUCGGCUCCUAAAUGCCGCAAACCCGGAAGUGGGCGUUCCGGUUUGCCAAAGUUCUUUGGAACCCGAAUGUCCGACGCAGCUUCCGAUUGGCUGCAGGAGGUUCCUGCAGCCAAUCGGAAGCCGCGCCUUGGUCUCCGAACGUUUUGGAAGUCGAGCGGACUUCCGGAACGGAUUCCGUCUGACUUACGAGGUAUGGCCGUAUCUCAGUGUGACACCCCAAAUAACGCAAGCCCAAAGAAUAUUCAUGCCCUCUCAAAUCAAUCUUGGAGAGAGAGAUAUCUAGCAGGGCCCCUCUUGUUGACGUAUGUUUUAUGACAGAAAAGUAGAACCUCCAGAGCCAGGGGCAGUCUACCUGCAAUUCCUAAACACUGAGGACCAGGAGCAUGCAAAGUGGGGGAGCUGUUGCCUGAAGCCUGAGCUUCCCACACAUGAAUCGGUUUGAUCCAGCUGGGUUCCUAUCCAUCCAUUUUAUUUUAAUCACCACCACCGCCGUCUGAUUCCCUUUGCGCCUUUUCCCUCCUCCCCAGGACGGCUCCUGCAACGGGCUGCAGCACUACGCGGCCCUCGGGCGGGACAUCGUGGGCGCCACCUCGGUGAACCUUUCCCCUUGCGACGUGCCACAAGAUGUCUACAGUGGGGUGGCUCAGCAGGUAAGAGCUUGGCUCCGGGGCGCUCCCACUGUGGAAAAGCCUUUCGAGUUGUCCCUUCCUCCCCGAAUGCGUGUCCUUCCAGUGAGCACUCAGGGCUGAUUUCCUUAAGAAUGGAGAGGUUUGAUCUUCUUGCAGUCCUUGCCUUAUGACGAUGCCUUAUGAGGAACGGCUAAGGGAGCUGGGCAUGUUUAGCCUGGAGAAGAGGAGGUUAAGGGGUGAUAUGAUAGCCAUGUUCAAAUAUAUAAAAGGAUGUCACAUAGAGGAGGGAGAAAGGUUGUUUUCUGCUGCUCCAGAGAAGCGGACACGGAGCAAUGGAUCCAAACUACAAGAAAGAAGAUUCCACCUAAACAUUAGGAAGAACUUCCUGACAGUAAGAGCUGUUUGACAGUGGAAUUUGCUGCCAAGGAGUGUGGUGGAGUCUCCUUCUUUGGAGGUCUUUAAGCAGAGGCUUGACAACCAUAUGUCAGGAGUGCUCUGAUGGUGUUUCCUGCUUGGCAGGCGGUUGGACUCGAUGGCCCUUGUGGUCUCUUCCAACUCUAUGAUUCUAUGAUUCAUGGGACUCUCAAGAGUCUCCUCCAGCACCAGAAUUCAAAAGCAUCCAUUCAGCUCUCACGAUGCCUUUGUCUUUUACCCCUUCCCCUCCUUGCUUGCAGGUGGAAGUGUACCGGAAGCGGGAUGCUGAGCAGGGUGUCAAAAUCGCACAGGUCCUAGAUGGGUUCAUUGGCCGCAAGGUGGUGAAACAGACGGUGAUGACGGUCGUGUACGGGGUCACCCGCUACGGUGGGCGCCUCCAAAUCGAGAAGCGCCUCAAGGAGAUCGACGAGUUCCCGCAGGUCCUUCCUUCCUUCCUUCCUUCCUUCCUUCCUUCCUUCCUUCUUUCCUUUCUUUCUCUCUCUCUCUCUCUCUCUCUCUCUCUCUCUCUCUCUCUCUCCUUCUUCUGUCUAGCCCAGUGGUUCCCAAAGGCUGCGUCAGGAGAGGAUGGCAAAUGCAUUGGGAAGACUUGAGGACAAUCAGUGUGAUAUUAUAGUAUUACUCUACAAGGUGUGACUGGAAAGUUUGGCGAAUGGUCACAGAAACCGGACAGCGAGAAAUAUUCGAACAUGCGUGCCUUAAAGGUAAGGUAAAGGGACCCCUGACCAUUAGGUUCAGUCGUGGCCGACACUGUGGUUGCAGCGCUCAUCUCGCUUUACUGGCCGAGGGAGCCGGCGUGCAGCUUUCGGGUCAUGUGGCCAGCAGGACUAAGCCGCUUCUGGCGAACCAGAGCAGCGCACGGAAACGCCGUUUUCCUUCCCGCCUGCGGUACCUAUUUUUCUACUUGCACUUUUGACGUGCUUUUGAACUGCUAGGUUGGCAGGAGCAGGGACUGAGCAACGGGAGCUCACUCCAUCGUGGGGAUUCGAACCGCCGACCUUCCGAUCGGCAAGUCCUAGGCUCUGUGGUUUAACCCACAGCGCCACCCGCGUCCCUGUGCAUGCCUUACAGUCCUUCAAAGUAGGCCCCCUCUGAUACAAGCACCGUUGACGUUUGUAGAACUGUUGGAAACUUCUGGAGAAGUCCUUUUUCCGUACUACUUUCAGUUCCCUCGUCACAGCGGCUUGGACGUGUGAAAUGUUGGAAAAAUCUGUUCCCUUUCAGUGAAGAUUUCAGUUUUGGAAACAGAAAGAAAUCCGGUGGGGCCAGAUCAGGAGAAUACAGAGGGUGGGACAACUCAGUAACCUCAGGAACGAUUUCGCGCAGAAUAUGCAAUUCUUCCGCCAUCAUUCGGACAGACAAACGCCGAUCCCACAUCAGUAACUCGCGGACUCUUGUUGACAUUUGCUGCUGUUCUGCUCACCGCCGGUCUGCCAGACAGAGGGUCAUCUUCGACGGUUUGCCGCCCUUCACGGAAAUGCUUAAACCACUCAUGUACACUGUUUUUCGAGUUGCAAUUGUGCACAAUUUUGUACAUUUUGCAUUUUGUGGGUUUCCGACACCGAUUGUAUGUUCUGAUAUUUCUCGUUGUCCGAUUUCUGUGACCACGCACCAAACGUCCCGGUCACACCUUGUAUUUUAUCAACAUUUAUAUUUUGGGAUUGAUUAAUGUUCUUACAAGGGACGCAGGUGGCGAUGUGGGUUAAACCACAGAGCCUAGGGCUUGCUGAUCAGAAGGUCGGCGGUUCAAAUCCCCGCAACAGGGUUAGCUCCCGUUGCUCAGUCCCUGCUUCUGCCAACCUAGCAGUUCGAAAGCACGUCAAAGUACAAGUAGAUAAAUAAGUACCGCUCCGGCGGGAAGGUAAACAGCGUUUCCGUGCGCUGCUCUGGUUCACCAGAGUCCUGCUGGCCACAUGACCCAGAAGCUGUACGCCGGCUCCCUCGGCCAAUAAAGCGAGAUUAGCGCCGCAGCCCCAGAGUCGGUCACGACUGGACCUAAUGGUCAGGGAUCCCUUUACCUUUACCGUUAAUGUUCUCGCACGGCUGCAUCAUUUCAUGCUUUCUGCAUGUUCCCACGGACUUGUGACAAAGCCGCCGCAUUCUGUGUUACAAACCAAGCACUGCUGGGAGUUGAUUCUUUCUGUUCUCCAAUCUUUCUAUUUAAAAAAUCGGAGGCAUUUUUUUCUCUCAUUCCGAAAGUGCGGUGCAGAGAAGGGAGUUUGUGAACCGGGCGUCCGCACUGUCCUUGCAAAAGGGGCGAGGGGCAAAAGCGUUGUAAGGUUCCCCAUUUCUGCCUCUUAACUAUACCCGUUUUGCAUUCCCUCCGCCCAGGAAUACGUUUGGGAAGCAUCUCAUUACCUUGUGCAACAGGUCUUCAACAGCCUCAAGGAGAUGUUCUCGGGAACUCGAGAAAUCCAGGUAACCCCCGUGCCUUAUUUAUUUGCAAACAGUUCAGGGAGUGUUUUUAAUGUUCUGUUGGGAGCCGCCCAGAGUGGCUGGGGAAACCCAGCCAGAUGGGCAGGGUAGAAAUAUUAUUAUUAUUAUUAUUAUUAUUAUUAGUCCAGGGCAGCUGUUUAUCAGCUCCAUCUGGUACACAGGCUGAGACCCUCCCUGCCCGCAGACUGUCUGGCCAGAGUGGUGCAUGCUCUGGUUAUCUCUUGCUUGGACUACUGCAAUGUGUUCUCUGUGGGGCUGGCUUUGAAGGUGACCCGGAAACUGCAACUAAUCCAGAAUGCGGCAGCUAGACUGGUGACUGGGAGCAGCCGCCGAGACCACAUAACACCGGUCUUGAAAGACCUACACUGGCUCCCAGGAUGUUUCCGAGCACAAUUCAAAGUGUUGGUGCUGACCUUUAAAGCCCUAAACGGCCUCGGGUCCUGUAUACCUGAAGGAGCAUCUCCACAGCCCGGACACUGAGGUCCAGCUCCGAGGGCCUUCGGGCGGUUCCCUCGCUGCAAGAAGCCAAGUUACAGGGAACCAGGCAGAGGGCCUUCUCGGUAGUGGCGCCCGCCCUGUGGAACGCCCUCCCACCAGAUGUCAAAGAGAAAAAUAACUACCAAACUUUUAGAAGACAUCUAAAGGCAGCCCUGUUUAGGGAAGCUUUCAAUGUUUAAUAGGUUAUUGUAUUUUAGUGUUUAUUGGAAGCCUCCCAGAGUGGCUGGGGAAACCCAGCCAGAUGGGUGGGGUAUAAAUAAUAAAUUAUUAUUAUUAUUUAUUUCUGUACACAAUGUGCUGAGUCGAUUGCGCAUAUGUGCGGGGAACCUGUAUGUCUUAGGGCAGGGGUCAGCCACCUAAGGCCCACGGGCCACAAGCAGCCCAUGGGGGGUCAUUUAACCGGCCCACAAGCCACCACCGAACCAAGCCACCCACUCAGUGAGUUCCUGCGCACUGAGCUAAACCAGCGCGGCACAGUGCAGGAACUCACUUCUGUGGUGCUGAAAAUUGCGUCUGACCAUAGCUGUCAACCGUCCCUUAUUUGGCGGGAAACUCCCUUAUCCCAGCGCCGUGUCCCGCUGCUGGCCCUUUUUGAUGAUGUCCCUUAAAUUUCCUGGAUUUAUAAAUCAUUUGUCCACCCAUAGUUCAAAUUUUUACUACAAGUUUUCUGUCAAUCCUACCAAUGUCUGUAACUCUUUACAAUAGCUUUUCAAAUAAAUUAUAAACUUUCCCCAUUCUUUAUUAAAGAGGUCCUCUUCCUGGUUUCUAAUUCUGCCUGUAAGCUUUGCCAUCUCGGCGUUGUUCAUCAGUUUUGUCUGCCACUCUUCUUUGGUGGGAGUUGUAGACCCUUAGGAUCCUCUAGUCCAACCCCCUGCAAAACGCAGUCAGUGGCAGCCAAAGCAGCCUGGCUCCAUCAGUGGCGGAUUUCUGUAUAAGCUAAGCAAAAUCCCUUAUUUUGGCUGCUGAUCCCUUAUUUUCGAGGCUGCUGGUCCCUUAUUUUCCAAUCUGCAAGUUGACAGCUAUGGCUCAGACGCUGAAAAUCGUGUCUGCACAGACACCGACACCGGAAAUGACUGCUGCGCACGAAGGGAUCUCCGCUGGAGUGAACCAGCCCAGGCGAGGUUAGCCUUGCUGACCCCUGUCUUAGGGCUACACAGCAAUGGGUGCAAGGAGGUUUCAGGAGGAAGAGAAGGGUGGGAAAAUGUGGGGAUGGACAGCAAGGUAAACAGAGCACAGAGAUGCUCCCAGGCGGGUUUGUGGAGGGCAGGAACCAGUGGCCUUCCAGCUUGCCUGUACCUUUCUGGAACUGGGGUGCCCACCCCACGGGAACCGCAUUGCUCACUGCCUUUCUCCCCCCGCAGGGCUGGCUGACCGAAAGCGCCCGGUGUAUUGCCAAGUCGGGCCGGACGGUAGAGUGGAUGACUCCCCUGGGACUGCCCAUUGUCCAGCCAUACCAUCGCUCGAAGACCACGCUGGUAAGCCAAGCCAUAAACAUCCGGGCACAUGGGGACGCGGGUGGCGCUGUGGUCUAAAACCACUGUAAAGGUAAAGGGUAAAGGGACCCCUGACCAUUAGGUCCAGUCGUGACCGACUCUGGGGUUGCGGCGCUCAUCUCGCUUUACUGGCCGAGGGAGCCGGCGUACAGCUUCCGGGUCAUGUGGCCAGCAGGACUAAGCCGCUUCUGGCGAACCAGAGCAGCACACGGAAAUGCCAUUUACCUUCCCGCCGGAGUGGUACCUAUUUAUCUACUUGCACUUUGAGGUGCUUUUGAACUGCUAGGUUAGCAGGAGCAGGGACUGAGCAACGGGAGCUCACCCCGUCGCGGGGAUUCGAACCGCCGACCUUCAGAUCGGCAAGCCCUAGGCUCUGUGGUUUAACCCACAGCGCCACCCGCAUCCCUCUAAAACCACUGAGCCUCUUGUUAUUCCAAACUGAGCCUCUGACCGAUUCCAAAGACGCGGGUGGCGCUGUGGUCUAAACCACUGAGCCUCUUGGGCUUGCUGAUCAGAAGGUUGGCGGUUUGAAUCCCCGCGACAGGGUGAGCUUCCGUUGCUCCGUCCCAGCUCCUGCCAAGCUAGCAGUUCGAAAGCACACCAGCGCAAGUAGAUAAAUAGGUACCACUGCGGUGGGAAGCUAAAUGGCAUUUCCAUGCGCUCUGGUUUCCAUCACGGUGUCCCAUUGCGCCAGAAGCGGCUUAGUCCCGCUGGCCACAUGACCUGGAAAGCUGUCUGUGGACAAACGCCGGCUCCCUCGGCCUGAAAGCGAGAUGAGCGCCGCAACCUUGUAGUCGCCUUUGGCUGGACUUAACCAUCCAGGGGUCCUUUGCCUUUACCUUUUUACCAAGUGCUUUUUUUUCUCGGGGGUCGCAGGGGUACGCAUACCCCUAAACAUUUUGUGAAUCUAACAGUUUGUCUCGCUGUGUGUUAGAGAGAGUUUGUGUCUACAGUGGUACCUCGGGUUACAUACGCUUCAGGUUACAUACGCUUCAGGUUACAGACUCCGCUAACCCAGAAAUAGUGCUUCAGGUUAAGAACUUUGCUUCAGGAUGAGAACAGAAAUCGUGCUACGGCGGCAGCAGGAGGCCCCAUUAGCUAAAGUGGUGCUUCAGCUUAAGAACAGUUUCAGGUUAAGAACGGACCUCCGGAACGAAUUAAGUACUUAACCCAAGUUACCACUGUACUUGGGUGUGUUUGAGGGAGCUUUUCCUGCCAAACAGACGCACAAGCGCUCUCGCACACAGAUAAGUGCGUGUGUGCCUUUGUGUGUGAGGCGGAGAGGGUGCAUGGACACACACACAAAAGACACACAGAAAUAGUGCAUGUGUGCCUGUUUGUCUGCGUGUGAGCAUGUGUACUUGCGCGUUUGAGCAAAAGAGGCAAGUUGGCUCCCACUUCCAAACAGACCCUCUUUCCUAUGCGCAAACACAUGCUCUCACACGCACAUGGGCAAGCGCUGCACUGUUUUUCUCUCACGAAUGCAAAUGAACACGCACUUGUGAUAGGAACUUUAUGGUCCUAAAUAUAUGGUAAUGUUCAUAAGUGUACCAAUCAAGCACAUACGUAGAUCAGCACAGGAAGACCGACCUGGAACCAUUUUGAUUCCUAAACCGAGCAAAUGUUUUCUCUGCAAGGUCAAAGGAAAAUGGAAAAGCCUCCCCAUUGUCUUUUCCUUCACAAAUCCUGUCUUAAGGGCAUAUUUAAGAUAUGACUAGGGUGUGAGCCUGUGACCUGGCCCAGGAACUAAGUAUUUAUCAUUACAAAAGACUGGCCAGGCUCCCCAGGCAAUCCAAUCAAUUAACCUGCCAGACAGGAGAUGAACGAGAGAAAAACAACAUUCAAAUUUCUGUUUUAGACCGCCUUUUCUGUGAUGUAGGUGUGAUGUAUCUGAGGGGUGGUCUUAGGUUACACCCCUUCUGUGAUGUAUGUAUGAUGUUUCUGGGGGUGGUCUUGAUCUACAGGGUGGCAAUUUCAAAAGUCUUUAUAAGGCCUGGGGCGCCAUUUUUCUGGGUCCCUCCUCUCUCCUGCAAGUGAGGGGAGCACCCUGUUGCAACAGAUAAAUAAAGGCCAAGCCUACAGGCUGCUGUUUUGCUCCAAGUAAUCCUGGUUGGUGUAUUUGUUUUUUGUCCAAGGGAGCCCUCGGAUUUUUCCAUUAACACACUAAAACGCGUGCUUCCUCCCAGAACAGGGAAGUGUGUUUAUGUGUGUUGUUAAAGCUUGUGUGGCAGAAUUUGAAUUAUGCGAUUGGAGAGUGGGGAGAAAAAAGAGAGAUGCUGCUGGGGGCGAUGGAGCCUUGCCCAUGCACAGAAGCGGAAGAAUUAUUAUUAUUUAUAUAUUUAUUGCAAUUUAUACGCCGCCCUACGCCCGGAGGUCUCAGGGCAGUGCACAGAAUAAAAUCAAAAUAUAAAACCACUGAGUCUGGCUGAGUCUGGAAUAACCUUGUGAAGUGAAAGGAUAUGAAAGAAGGAUUUAUAUCGAGAUGUUAGGAUAGAGAGGAUAAAGAAAACAGGAAGGCAGGAAGGCACAAUGAGAGAUAAAGGAGGUGCUGUGGGAUUGGUGGAAGUCAAUGUCUUCUUGUUGUUUUAGUGUUUAUAAUAUUAACUUAUAAAAUAUGGAUUUGUUUGUUUUUUUGUUUUUGUUGUUUUGUUUAGUUUUUGAAUGUUGAUUUUCGUGUGUUGUGUAUUGUUAUUUUUUGAUACCUUUCGUGUUGUUGUUGUGUGGAAAAUACUAAUAAAAUUCAUUUUUUAUAUAUAUAUAUAUAUAUAUAUAUAUAUAUAUAUAUAUAUGAAAAAAUCUGGGUGUGAGGCUGCUCAGUCACCCAGCUGGUCGGACUCAGAGCCCGCGGGUCCCUGCGGAAUAAAGGAAGGAGUCCAGCCAACCGGAGCAAAUAGCUGUAGACCAAAGUUUAUUGCGCAAUAGGUUCAAAGAGCAAAUUUUGAACCCCGAGGAUGGGGUGACAAAGACUUUUAAACUUUCCCACCAUAUCCCAGAAUACAGUUCGUACAGCAUCAUUGCUACAUCACUGACAUGUCACCAAAGGGGAGGGGUUAACCUUGGCAAACAUGUCCAGACAAGUCCUUGGUACCAGAUUAGCAUAAGCAGACAUGGCAGGGCAAGAGUCAGGUAUAAGAUUAGCCUAGACAAAGAUGUCUUAAGUACCCACCACCCAAAAGUACAAUACAAGUUCCUUUGCAUGUCGGGAGCCUGAGGCGAGUCAGGGGAUGAGAUUUGGCUUCCUUUGGCUAACAAUGAGCCCAGCAAUUGUCACCUCUGAGAACUUCCUGGAGUUCUUUUUCAAGGGGAAAAUAGCUUUGGAAUGGAGUAAACUGGGAAAGGAGAUGAUUUUAUAUUAUUUUUAAAGCUAGGUGACUUCCCUGAGCUGUCAAGUUGGAAGGAUACAUUCAGGCAUAAUAUUUGUAAUAUUUAACUUUAAAGAUGUGCCUCCCCCGGUAAUUUCCGUAACAAUACAGUGGUGCCUCGCAAGACGAAAUUAAUUCGUUCCGCGAGUUUUGUCGUCUUGCGGUUUUUUCCGUCUUGCGAAGCACGGUGUCGGGAAAGUUUUGGAAAAGCUUCAAAAAUCACCAAAGUCUUCAAAAACCUCAAAAAAGGCUACCACAUGAGUUGCUCCUCGAAGUCAAGUCGCAACUGUAUUAACGGUGUUAAGGAAAAGGAAAGAAACUUGCAAGACGUUUCCCAUAGGGAAAAUCGUCUUGCGAAGCAGCUCAAAAAACGAAAAACCCUUUCGUCUAGCGAGUUUUUCAUCUUGCGAGGCAUUCGUCUUGCGGGGCACCACUGUAUAAAACCACCAAAACACAUAAUCCGAAUAAAAACAACAACCCGAUAACACACACACACACACAUGGGGGGAAAACCCCCCCACAUUUUAAAAGGGCUGCUCUGCGAAUCAAAGUCACCUGAGGACAGGCAGGGCAGUGACUCAACUUUUUGCAGUGGCAAAGCAUGACUCAGCCGGCAGAGGGUUGUGAGUCAGCAGAAAGGGGGUGUGUAUGGAAAAUUCAAGGUGACAUUUGCCAGGAAUAACCAGCCGAUCACCGCCCUCACCGAUGGGGUCUGCCUGGGGAAGGCAGAGUGCACCAAACUCCCCUAUUUCCUCUCCCCCCCCCCAACGGCCGGAAAAAUAGAAAUAAAUAAAUGUGGUUUUAAUCCUCCCUCCUCCGAGGGAUAAAAUAUCUGCUGCUAAUUUUAAGAGGCCCUCCAAGAAGCCGCCUCGUUGAAAUGCGUGUCGUGUCCGAGCAGCUUCGGUGGGUCUACUCUUGAGUAGGACUUGACACCGGACACAGAAGCUUUUCAUUUUUAAUAAUAAUAAUGCAGUAAUAAUAAGCAAGAAAGCUUCAUUCAUUAGUUGCAGCCCUGACUGACUGACCUCAGGGUUGUGGGAGGCAUGGAUCUCUGCGACACAUGUUAUCUGGACGACGUCCCUGCAGGGUAGGCUAGCCUGAGGGAAAAUAUAAUAUAAUAUAAUAUAAUAUAAUAUAAUAUAAUAUAAUAUAAUAUAAUACAAUACAGUGGUGCCUCGCAAGACGAAAUUAAUCCGUUCCGCGAGUCUCUUCGUCUAGCGGUUUUUUCGUCUUGCGAAGCAACCCUAUUAGCGGAUUAGCGCUAUUAGUGGUUUAGCGGCUAUUAAAGGCUUAGCGGCUUAGAAAAAGGGGGGGAAGCGAAAAAAAUCUCAAGACUCGCAAGACAUUUUCGUCUUGCGAAGCAAGCCCAUAGGGAAAUUCGUCCUGCGAAGCGCAUCGAAAAACGGAAAACCCUUUCGUCUAGCGGGUUUUUCGUCUUGCGAGGCAUUCGUCUUGCGGGGCACCACUGUAUAAUAAUAUUUAUACUCCACCCAUCUGUCUGAUGAUGAUGAUGAUGAUGAUUUAUUACUUACACCCUGUUCAUCUGACCAGGACACCCCAGCCACUCUGGGCAGCUCCCAACAGAAUAUUAAAAACAGAAUAAAACACCAAACAUUAAAAAUUUCCCUAAACAGGGCUGCCUUCAGAUGUAUGCUAAAGGUCUGGUAGUUGUUUAUUUCCUUGACAUCUGACAGGAGGGCAUUCCACAGGGAGAGGGGCCACCACCGAGAAGGCCCUCUGCCUGGUUCCCUGUAACCUCGCUUUUCACAGCGAGGGAACCGCCAGAAGGCCCUCAGAGCUGGACCUCAGUGUCCGGGCUGAACAAUGUGGGUGGAGAUGCUCCUUUAGGUCUACUGGGCCAUUUAGGGCUUUCAAGGUCAGCACCAACACCCAAAUUGUGCCCGGAAACGUCCUGGGAGCCAAUGUAGGUCUUUCAGGACCGGUGUUAUAUAGUCUCAGCAACCGCUCCCAGUCACCAGUCCGGCUGCCGCAUUCUGAAUUAGCAGAGACAGUGGCGGCCCCAGAUUUGCCCAGUGGACUUUGCGGUAAGGUUACCAGAUUUUUUUUCAAUGAAUCCGGGGACACUUUUCACUUUUGUCAGGGGUAAAAUAUAAAGGUAAAGGGACCCCUGACCAUUAGGUCCAGUUGUGGCUGACUCUGGGGUUGCUGCGCUCAUCUCGCGUUAUUGGCCGAGGGAGCUGGCGUACAGCUUCCGGGUCAUGUGGCCAGCCGGACUGAGCCGCUUCUGGCGAACCAGAGCAGCGCACGGAAACGCCGUUUACCUUCCCGCCGGAGCGGUACCUACCGUAUUUUUCGCUCUAUAAGAUGCACCAGACCACAAGACGCACCUAGUUUUUGGAGGAGGAAAACAAGAAGAAAAAUAUUCUGACUCUCAGAAGCCAGAACAGCAAGAGUGAAAGCAGCAAUCCUUCUUGCUGUUCUGGCUUCUGGGAUAGCUGCGCAGCCUGCAUUCGCUCCAUAAGACGCACACACAUUCCCCUAACUUUUUAGCAGGGAAAAAGUGAGUUUUACAGAGCAAAAAAUACGGUAGGUCCUUCCUGGUUCAAAGACAUGGGCCCGAGGGGGUGGAUGGCCCCAGGACCCCUUCCGCGGAAGGGGCAAACCAAGACUUACAAGGCUCUCCAGGCAUUUGGCCACAAUGGAAGCGAACCGUCUCUCGCCGGCCAGUUCAGAGAUGAGGAAGAUGUAUUCCGGAGCAGAAACCUGGUUGGAGCGGUGCAUCCAACCUGGAAGGAAACCCCAAACAGGGAAGGUUAGCUCCCUCUUGCUGUUCUGGCUUCUGGGAUAGCUGCGCAGCCUGCAUUCGCUCCAUAAGAUGCAUACACAUUUCCCCUUACUUUUUAGGAGGGGAAAAGUGAGUCUUAUAGAGCAAAAAUUACGGUAUUUAUCUACUUGCACUUUGACGUGCUUUCGAACUGCUAGGUUGGCAGGAGCAGGGACCGAGCAACGGGAGCUCACCCCGUCAUUGCGGGGAUUUGAACCGCUGACUGAUUUGUAAAUCUGGGGACCGUCUCUGGGAAACGGGGAUGUCUGGUAAGCUUCCUUCACAGGGUUUUGAACCACUCUGAACCCCUGCUGUCCCUCUAAAUGUGUAAUGAGACCAAAGGCUGCUCCAGUUUCCUUCCUCUCCUUGCAAAGCCGACGCGUCAACCUGUACUUAUUUCUCCUUUCCCCACCCUCCUUUCCCCAAGGUUAACAGCACCAUUCAGUCGGUCCAUCUCAAGUCACGACACGACGUCACCCAGUGAGUAUCUCAUCAUGGUGGUUUGGAAGAGGGGCUCCAGGUUUUACCUGCCUGGCUCAAAAAGAACUUUGCUGAUAUUUUUAUAUAUUUUUAUUAAUUUUAACAUACAAAUUAUAAAACGUACCACACAAAUUAUUACAAAUACACUUUUUUUUGGACUUCCAUCAGCACCUCCGAUGAUCUUCCGUCUUAUCCUCCUUUUAUGCAUUACCGUAUUUUUCGCUCUAUAAGACGCACCAGACCAUAAGACGCACCUAGUUUUUGGAGGAGGAAAACAAGAAAAAAAAUAUUCUGAAUCUCAGAAGCCAGAACAGCAAGAGGGAUCGCUGUGCAGCGAAAGCAGCAAUCCCUCUUGCUGUUCUGGCUUCUGGGAUAGCUGCGCAGCCUGCAUUCACUCCAUAAGACGCACACACAUUUCCCCUUACUUUUAGGAGGGAAAAAGUGAGUCUUAUAGAGCAAAAAAUACAGUACUUAAUUUUAUAUUGUCUUUACCCUCUUAUCUUAUCAUCCCACCUUUUACAUUUUUACAAUAUUUCCCACAAUACCCCUCACAGAACUUCUUGCAGACCUACAAACGUCGUCUGACCAUCACAAAUACUUUUCAUAUAGUUCGUAAAUUUACUCCAGUCUUCGGUAAAUUUCUGGUCUCACCGGUUUCGGAUCCUUCCUGUUAAUUUGUUUAAUUCUGCGUAGAGCUUUGCUGAUCUGAUGAAACAGGUGCAAACCGAUUGACAGCAGGGCUAAAAUGUUGCCGGUGGCCAGAGCAGGAAUUUUGAAGUGGAAAGCACAUCCUUUCUCCCUUCUUAGGGGGCUGCCUUCAUGCAAGAAGCGCCCCUUCUUGUGGGUGUGAGAGCGAGCGGAGAAUGCCAAUUCUGGGAUGGCUCCUCCCGGUGUUGCGGGAUGUGAUAUGCGUGUGUCCGAGCAAGUAACAUCUCGGAAGAGGGUCCCUCUACUCGGGAGGGGAACCCAGAGGUCAUCCAGCCCAACCCCCCUGCAAUGCAGGAAUCUCAGGAGCUGGGAGCGGAAUACUUCUAGAGAGAUCUCUUGCUAGGAUGCACACAUGAAUAAUAAUAAUCACCAUCAUCAUCCGUCCUUUUUUUAUGGGGGGACGACGCAGGGGUACGCAUACCCUCUAAUUUUUGGCGAAUCUAAGUUUGGCCUCAUAGAGGGGCAGUAUUUCAACAUGAGUAGGAAAAUGGAAGUACCCCUAGACAUUUUUUAAGAAAAAAAGAGCACUGAUAAUAAUAAUAAUAAUAGUUACUAUUUAUUUAUACCCUGCCCAUCUUUCAGUUGUAGAAACUUUUUUGGAUCCAGCGCAGGUGGGAUAAAAAUCCUCCCUCAAAAGGCAUGUUGUUAUAAUUAGAAUUAUUUAUAGCCCACCCAUCUGGCUGGGUUUCCCCAGCCACUCUGGGCUGCUCCCACCAGAAUAUUAAUAAUAAUAUUUAAAAGCGACAAAACACAAAACAUCAAAAACUUCUCUAAACAGGGCUGCAUUCUAAACGUCAGAUAGUUGUUUAUUUCCUUGACAUCUGAAGGGAGGGUGCCACCACUGAGAAGGCCCUCUGCCUGGUUCCCUGUAACCUCACAUCUCGCAGGGAAGGAACUGCCAAAAGGCCCUUGGAGCUGGACCUCAGUGUCCAGGCAGAACGAUGGGGGUGGAGACACGCUUUCAGGUAUACUGGGCUGUUUAGGGCUUUCAAGGUCAGCACCAACACUUUGAAUUGUGCUUGGAAGCAUCCUGGGAGCCAAUUUAGGUCUUUCAGGACAGGUGUUAUGUGGUCUCGGCGGCCGCUCCCAGUCUCCAGUCUAGCUGCCACAUUCUGGAUUAGUUGCAAUUUCUGGGUCACCUUCAAAGGUAGCCCCACGUAGAGCGCAUUGCAGUAGUCCAAGCGGGAGAUAACCAGAGCAUGCACCACUCUGGCCAGACAGUCCGUGGGCAGGGAGGGUCUCAUCCCGCGUACCAGAUGGAGCUGGGAGACAGCUGACCAUCGUGCAGCUCCGGAAAUCGCCCAGGGCAUCCGCAAGCGGGAACUGAGCAUGAUAGCGACUCUGCCCUCCUCCUAAAACAUCCUCUCUUGCCUCGACUUCCCCGCAGGAAGCCCGACACGGUGAAGCAGAAGAACGCUUUCCCUCCAAACUUCAUCCAUUCCUUAGAUUCCACACACAUGAUGCUAACAGCUUUGCACUGUCACAGGUAAGGGGUUCCUUUUUGUGUUCUGAGACGCUUUUGGGGCGCCCCAUCCCCCAGGCAGCUAAAAACGGGGCGCAGGGCUCCCUUUCCUCAAACGGCGUUAACGGGGAAAUCAGCCAACAGAGUGACAGCAACUUUCCGCAAUGCCAAAGUUGUGUUAGUUAUUCUGACGAAUUCGUUGUCGUAGUUUGCUUAACAUGCUACAGGCACCUCCCAAUUUAUUACUUAUUUAGUCAUUUCUACCGUAUUUUUCGCUCUAUACGACGCACCAGACCACAAGACGCACCUAGUUUUUGGAGGAGGAAAACAAGAAAAAAAAUAUUCUGAAUCUCAGAAGCCAGAACAGCAAGAGGGAUCGCUGCGCAGUAAAAGCAGCAAUCCCUCUUGCUGUUCUGGCUUCUGGGAUAACUGCGCAGCCUGCAUUCGCUCCAUAAGACGCACACACAUUUCCCCUUACUUUUUAGGAGGGGAAAAGUGAGUCUUCUAGAGCAAAGAAUAUGGUAUUUGAUUUUAGAAAAUAUAAAGUUAUAACCAAGUCAAUUAAAAAUCCGUAUGAAGAGAUUGCUUUGAAUAUCAAGACUUUCCCCCUCCGUGGGUCCUAAUGUCAAUAUUAUAUCAGUCCGUUAUCCACAUUUUGUAUCCAUCAAAGCUGUCCAUAGUUUUUGUUGCAAGUGUGGUUAAAAUCCUGCUCAUGUUUUCAUCUUCUUAUAAUGGUCUCCUAAAUAAAUUUCCCCCUGUUUUUUUAAAAAAAGUUCUUGCCCUCUUGGUUCCUGGAGCUUCCCAGUUAAUUUUGCCAUUUCUGCGUAGUCUAUCAAUUUGGUUUGCCAUUCUUCCUUGGUCGCGAUUGUUUCUUCAUUCCACCUCCCAAUUUACAUGGGGGUUACGUUCUGAGGCUCUGCCUUUUUAAGCAAAGCCACACGUUUGAAACACCAUUGGAAAAGCCCCAAAUCCACUGUUCUGGCCCGUUUUCGCAACGUUUUGGGGUCGCUUCUGGCUUUGGUGUGGCCGCAAGCGAUUUCUGUUCUCAUCCUGAAGCAAAGUUCUUAACCCGAGGUACUAUUUCUGGGUUAGUGGAGUCUGUAACCUGAAGCGUAUGUAACGCGAGGUACUACUGUAUAUAAAAAAAUUAAAAAGUUGUCCAGUAGCACCUUACAGACCAACUAGGUUUGUUCUUGGUAUAAGCUUUUGUGUGCAUGCACACUUCUUCAGAUACACUGAAACAGAAGUCACCAGACCCUUAUAUAUAGUAGGAGGGUGGGGUGGGGUUUUUCACAGGAGGGUGGUAGUAGAUGGGUGAUUAACUCAAUGGGUAUGGCAAAUUUUAAAGUUUGGAAUAGAGUAGUUGCUUUGGAAGACGAUAAUCAGGCAUCCACACAACGUGACCAGUCCAACAAAGUUGAUGUUGAAGAAUCAUCGCUUCGACACUGGGGAUCUUUGCUGCGGGGGGUUGGACUAUGAUGAAAUUCAGGGUCCCUUCUAGCUAUGAUUCUGUGAUGUUUAGUUACUGAGAGUUGACAUGAGAGAGCCCCUUUCCGGUACCCGAAGGGCUGUUGCCACAGGGAAGGCAGAGCCGGCUGGCUUUCUUAGAAUCACAAAAAAUUAAGGUUGGAAGCAUUAUCUAUCCCAACCCCGCGCACUGCAGGAAUCUUUUGCCCAACGUAGGAUUCGAACUCGCAACCCGGAUGUUGAGUGACUCAUUCUGUUCCCGACGGAGCUGUCCCUUGUUUCCUGCUGCUCUGGCAGGCAGGACCCAAGCUGCCGGAUUCGAAGCACGAGAAAGGCGCGUGGCCCUGAUCCAUCCCAGGGGUUUGGGGCCAUAUUGGGGCAUCCCCCGGGCCGUAAAUUAAAUAAUCCAACUUGUGAAGCCCGUCGGCAUACACUGGGCAUGGCUUUUAGGAAAGUAGCUAGCUCAGAGCUGCUCCUUUUCUUGCUCUUUGUUCUAGCGCCACUGGGUGGUGCUCCCAGCCCGGGGAUUACCGUAUUUUUCGCUCUAUAAGACUCAUUUUUUCCCUCCUAAAAAGUAAGGGGAAAUGUGUGUGCGUCUUAUGGAGCGAAUGCAGGCUGCGCAGCUGUCCCAGAAGCCAGAACAGCAAGAAGGAUUGCUGCUUUCACUGCGCAGCGAUCCCUCUUGCUGUUCUGGCUUCUUAGAUUCAGAAUAUUUUUUUUCUUGUUUUCCUCCUCCAAAAACUAGGUGCAUCUUGUGGUCUGGUGCGUCUUAUAGAGCAAAAAAUACGAUAGAUCCGAACAGAGCCCUUGACCACAGGGAGGGGUCGUCCAUCCUUUACCCUCCUCCCAAUCCGUUUGUAUUUUGGAGAACGGUUUUUCCUUUUACGAGACUUGACGGCAGCCCCUGGUCACAAUCAAGGGACGUCAGAAGCCGGCUUAUGCAGUGUUAAGCCACUUCUCCCAUCUAGACCAGCACUGCUUGCACUGGCUGGCAGCGUCUCUGCAGGCACAGACUCUCUCCUAACCUGGAGAUUCUAGGUUCUGGGAGACCGUGGUUUAGGAGACGGUCAGGGAGCAGACGGGUUUUCACUUGCCUGACUGCCUCUUCCUCUUUAUCCGUCUUUCUUAAAAAAACCUUAUAUUUAAAUACAGUGGCAGCUCUGGUUACAUACGCUUCAGGUUACAGACUCCGCUAACCGAGAAAUAGUACCUCGGGUUAAGAACUUUGCUUCAGGAUGAGAACAGAAAUCGUGCUCCGGCGGCAGCGGGAGGCCCCAUUAGCUAAAGUGGUGCUUCAGGUUAAGAACAGUUUCAGGUUAAGAACGGACCUCCAGAACGAAUUAAGUACUUAACCCGAGAUACCAGUGUAAUUAAAUAAUCCUGGAGGCUUAUAGAGCAAAAAAUACAGUAUAUAUUUCACAUUGGUAUAUCUCAGCAUCUGGGUGGGCUUAUCUGAACAGGAAAGCCUUCACCUCAGCCGUUGUGCAUCUUGACUUUUUUGUGUCUCCUAGGGAGGGGCUCACCUUUGUUUCCGUGCACGAUUGCUACUGGACUCACGCGCUCACAGUCGAUGUCAUGAAUCGGGUAAGCUGGUCUCCCUCACCUCCGCUGCCGCCCCAGAUCUCAGCUCUGACCCACGCCGAAACCUGGUCAGGGUUUCGGGCCUGCUUAUUUGAGAAGCCCCCUUCACCAGGAAAAACGUGACGUUUACCCUGGCAAGUAGCAAUGAGGAUAGGAAUGUAAGAAGAGCUCUAGCUGGAUCCGGCCGAUGGGAGCCCACCUAGUCACAGAAAUGUAGAAUGCUGGAGUCGGAAUGGGCUCCCCCCAGGUCAUCUAGUCCAACACCCGGCGUUGCAGGAAUCUCAGCUAGUGCAUCCAUGACAGGUAGCCAGCAAACUAGGCUGUUGGCUAAUAAUAAUAAUAAUAAUAAUAAUAAUUUAUUUAUAUCCCGCCCAUCUGGCUGGGUCUCCCCAGCCACUCUGGGCAGCUUCCAACAAAGAUUAAAAAUACAUUAAAAUGUCACACAUUAAAAACUUCCCUGAACAGGGCUGCCUUCAGGUGUCUUCUAAAUGUCAGGUAGUUGUUUAUCUCUUUGACAUCUGAUGGGAGGGCGUUCCACAGGGAGGGAGCCACCACCGAGAAGGCCCUCUGCCUGGUUCCUUGUAGCUUUGCUUCUCACAGUGAGGGAACCGCCAGAAGGCCCUCGGAGCUGGACCUCAGUGUCCAGGCUGGACGAUGGGGGUGGAGACGCUCCUUCAGGUAUACUGGGCCUUUGAGGCCGUUUAGGGCUUUAAAGGUCAACACCAACACUUUGAAUUGUGCUCGGAAACGUACCGGGAGCUCAGUGGUCUCGUUAGAUAGUAAAAAUCAUGUUAAAUUGCUGUUUUAGGGGUUGUUUUUAAAAGUCUGGAACGGAUUAAUUUGUUCUGCAUUACUUUCUAUGGGAAAUAAUAAUAAUAAUAAUAAUAAUAAUAAUAAUAAUAAUAAUAAUAAUAAUAAUUUAUUUAUACCCCGCCUAUCUGGCUGGGCUUCCCCAGCCACUCUGGGCGGCUUCCAACAAAAUAAUAAAAUACAGUAAUGCAUGUCUUGGUUUUGGAACGCUUUGGUUUUGGAACGGACUUCCAGAACGGAUUAAGUUUGAGAACCAAGGCACAACUGUACUUCUACCAUGGAGUGCAGAGCAGAGCGCAGCCACAAAUUCGUCUUCUUUUAAAGCCACCCAACUGAGUGGUUUUCUCAGCCUUGUGCAAGAGCGAGUUCCACAGUUUAAUGAAGGAGCUCUUCUUUUAACCUGCCCCAAAUCUCCCGAUAUUUGGCUUCACCGGGCGCCCGCGAGUCCUAGCAUUUCGGACAACGGCGGCGAUUGUCCCCCUCCCUCUUGCAUUUCUUUUUCUUUUUCUUAAAAUAAUUUUUAUUGAAUGAUUUUAUGUUACAACAAAAACAAUACAGCCAUACUACCACUAAAUAUACCGUAAUUGAGAAAUAAAAAUUACAUACAUUGAUAUUUAGUUUGCUAUUUGUUAUUUACCAUCUUAUUUCCUCCCAAACAUUGCAUACAACAACACACAUAUGUGCAGACAUCCGCACACCCACACAUGCACACAAAAUGAUAAUAAUGAAAGUAAAUAUUUUUUCCCCUUUUGUCUUCCAAAAUCUUUUCUUCAACUUUGGCUUCCUGUCAAGUCCCUUUGCAUAUAUUUUAUCUUGCAUUUGAAUGUACACAAAACAAUAAACCUUUCUAUAUAAUUUUUCUAAUACAUUCUGAAAACAUAAUAAAUCCUUAAUUGUUAUCCACCUCCUUUGAGUUCCUUUAUCACUCGAAUGCUAGCAUGGAGUCAAAACUAUUAUUGUAUUUUUGAACGUAUCUUCUAUAACCAUCCCAUUUUCCCGCAAAUUUUUGCUUUGAGUUUCCUCUGAGUUUACUAGUCGAUAAAAUAGCAGUUGGGAUUUUUGACCAAUAAUUGUUAGGGCAAAUGAGGACAAGGAAACAGGCAUAAAACAUCCGAAUAAAAUACAAGGUUAAACACAGAUAAUGGAUGGAUAAAAAACUAAUAAUUAACACAGAUAAGAGCUAAAAACCAACAAAGACGCGCAGUUAAAACAACUGUAAGAGCAUAAGAACUAAAAGACUCGCAGAUAAAACAACUAUAAGAGGCUGCAGAGUAGAAGCCUCUUAAAUAGAGGGCACUCACAACGUUAUAAACUGCUGUGCAAAUAUGGUUAAAACAGAUAAUUAAAACAAUAUACAACACUAAAUUUAGAAACAAUGUACAGCAAUAGACUGUCCCAGGGAGCUGACUCAGAAUCACCCAUGGAACCGUGUUGGGGGCUUUUCAUGGAUGUGAGGGCGAUCUGGCUGCGACAUCUGUCACCCCAUUGAUCGCCAGGGUUGAUUCGACUGAUCUGGCUGGCUAGGCAGGUGUCCCCUUCCUCCCUCACCGCUCCAUGUGCAUCCUUCCCGAAGCUGCGCGCUCGGUGGAAGAGGACGACCAUCCCAGACAGAAGGAGUGUACAGUGGUGCCUCGCAAGACGAAAUUAAUCCGUUCCGCGAGUGUCUUUGUCUAGCGGUUUUUUCGUCUUGCGAAGCAACCCUAUUAGCGGCUUAACGGAUUAGCGCUAUUAGCGGUUUAGCGGCUGUUAAAGGCUUAUCGGCUUAGCGUAUUAGCUGCUAAAAGGCUAUUAAAGGCUUAGCAGCUUAGAUAAAGGGGGGGGGGAGCGGAAAAAAAAAUCUCAAGACUCGCAAGACAUUUUCGUCUUGCGAAGCAAGCCCAUAGGGAAAUUCGUCCUGCGAAGCAACUCAAAAACGGAAAACCCUUUCGUCUAGCGGGUUUUCCAUCUUGCGAGGCAUUCGUCUUGCGGGGCACCACUGUACCGUUCUUCAGUCAAGAGUUUACUAGUCAAUUGAGCUGUCUCCACACUCUUGCAUUUCAGGUCUGCCGCGAACAGUUUGUGCACCUCCACAAGCACCCCAUUCUAGAGGAACUCUCCCAGUUCAUGCUUCAGAAAUACUGUUCCCACGUUCCGUAAGUGUGUGUCGCUUUCUUCGCCCACCCCUCUUCAAAUAUUCUAUUUCAAUCAAUCAACCUUUAUUACCCUGUGUCCAGGGCAGCUGUUCUGUGUCCAGGGCAGCUGUUUACCAGCUCCAUCUGGUCUGCAGGAUGAGACCCUCCCUGCCCGCAGACUGUCUCGCCAGAGUGGUGCAUGCUCUGGUUAUCUCCCGCUUGGACUACUGCCAUGCGCUCUACGUGGGGCUACCUUUGAAGGUGACUCGGAAACUACAACUAAUCCAGAAUGCAGCAGCUAGACUGGUGACUGGGAGCGGCCGCCGAGACCAUAUAACACCGGUCCUGAAAGACCUGCAUUGGCUCCCAGUACGUUUCCGAGCACAAUUCAAAGUGUUGGUGCUGACCUUUAAAGCCCUAAACGGCCUCGGUCCAGUAUACCUGAAGGAGCAACCUGAAGACAUCUUAAGGCAGCCCUGUUCAGGGAAGUUUUUAACGUGUGAUAUUUUAGUGUAUUUUUGGUUUCUAUGGAAGCCGCCCAGAGUGGCUGGGGAGGCCCAGCCAGAUGGGCGGGGUAUAAAUAAUAAAUUAUUAUUAUUAUUAUUAUUAUUAUGAUGAUGGUUCAGAGAUCCAACAAAUCGUUACAAAGCAAUACACAAUUCAUACAGCCUACCUCCAGGUCAAACAAGCAUUUCAUUCAGAAUACAGGGAUCAUUGGUUCUUGCAACCACUGCUAAAAACUUUGCCACUGCUAACGUUCUAGCAUUUGUCCGGUCUUCCAGUAGGAACCUGACAUAGCGAGCCUCUGAUUUUCCCGGGAAAGGUACCAGCGAGGGUAGUAUCAGUUCAGCCCUGGCUUGCUCAUAUUUUGUACAGUGCAACAAAAUAUGUUUUAUGGAAUUGAUGUCUUGAGCACACGAGCAAAGUCUGUCCUGGUAGGGAACUCCUCUCAACCUGCCAUCCAACACUGCGGAAGGAAAGACGUUUGGUCUGGCUUUGGUGAAAAGCCUUCGAUAAUUUGGUAUUGUCAGGUUUUUAAUGUAAGAUGUUAACUUAAAGACAUGCCCAUAUUGUACUCCUACUGCGUGUGAUCAAGAUCGCACGUCACUGUGUGCAUUAUACAGUAUUCUACUUAAACAUCGGAUCGGUUUCCGUUUGUUGAACUGCUUUGCGAAAGAUCCUCCGCAGCCAUUUCAGAGUAUUUUAAAAAAUCAAACAGAGAUAAGAGCAGCGGAAUAACUUUGUAUGUAGUUGCAACAAACUACGCCCCCCCCCCCCCGCAAAAAAAUUAUCGCUUUCAGUUGUAGAAAUGUAUUUCAGAUCGAAUGCAAGCUAGGAUAAUGAUCUUCCCUUUAAAGGCAAAUAAUAAUAAUAAUAAUAAUAAUAAUAAUUAAUAAUUAAUUACAUACAUACAUACCCCACUUUUGGUGUUCAUCUUACAGUACAUCUUACAGUUUUGUUUUGUAGUGUUACGGGUUGCAUUUAAUGGAAUAUUUUCGUCUGCUGGAAUAAUUUCCAGUAAUAAUAAUAAUAGUAAUUUAUUAUGUAUACCCCGCCCAUCUGGCUGGGUUUCCCCAGCCGCUCUGGGCAGCCCCCAACAGACUAUUAAAAACACGAUAAAACAUCAAACAUUAAAAACUUCCCUAAACAGGGCUGCCUUCAGGUGUCUUCUAAAAGUCAGGUAGUUGUUUAUUUCUCUGACAUCUGAUGGGAGGGCGUUCCACAGUGCGGGUGCCACCACCGAGAAGGCCCUCUGCCUGGUUCCCUGUAACCUCGCUUCUCGCAGGGAGGGAACUGCCAGAAGGCUCUUGGAGCUGGACCUCAGUGUCCAGGCUGGACGAUGGAGGUGGAGACACUCCUUCAGGUAUACAGGACCGAGGCCAUUUAGGUCUUGAAAGGUCAGCACCAACACUUCGAACUGUGCUCGGAAACGUACUGGGAGCCUAUGUAGGUCUUUCAGGACCGGGGUUAUAUGGUCUCGGUGGCCGCUCUCAGUCACCAGUCUAGCUGCUGCAUUCUGGAUUAGUUAUAGUUUCCGGGUCACCGUCAAAGGUAGCCCCACGUAGAGCGCAUGGCAGUAGUCCGAGCGGGAGAUAACCAGAGCAUGCGCCACUCUGGCGAGACAGUCUGUGGGCAGGGAGAGUCUUAUCCUGCGUACCAGAUGGAGCUGGGAGACAGCUGCCCUGGACACAGAAUUGACCUGCGCCUCCAUGAGGACAGAGGAUGCCGAAAAGAAAAUACGGAUAGCGCCUGCCUGAUUUGUAGUGGCAGGUAGUUCCCAAGGUGCAUACACUAUUAGAGACAUCCUCCUGGAGUCUUGUAGGAUUGUGUUCAUAAGCCUUAAGUCAGGGAUGGGUCCAGCGGAAAGCAAAGAAGGUUUCCUUGUUGUUUUUUCCUGCAAAUAUGUUUAAUUAUUAUUUCGUUGCACCUAUAUUACAGAAAAUAAUAUUUUCCUUCUCCAGGGUUGAGUGGAAGGAUAAGAAGGCGAAUGAGUACCAGAGGCUGUUUCAGCUUCUGUCUAGCAUCCCUAAAAAAGGUACGAGCACAUAGCAACUUUUUUUGCGGGGGGCCGGGAGAGCCUACCGUCAGCAGACAAUCCACGCCAAGGCCAAUCCCAUCGUAUAUUCCUUAGAUUUCUUCCCUGGACCUGCCUCCGAAGGAACCCAGACCGUACAAAUACCUAUAAAUACUAAUACCACUGAAAUUUCUUAACUUUAAAACAACUCAGUCAUUUAGCAUGGCAGAGCCUUUGGAACUCCCUGCCGGUUGAGAUAAAGAGAGGCGCCUUGUUGUUGUUGUUAUUUAGUCAUUUAGUCGUGCCCGCCUCUUCGUGACCCCCUGGACAGAGCACGCCAGGCCCUCCUGUCUUCCACUGCCUCCCGCAGUUUGGUCAAACUCAUGCUGGUAGCUUCGAGAACACUGUCCCACCAUCUCAUCCUCUGUCGUCCCCUUCUCCUUGCGCCCUCCAUCUUUCCCAACAUCAGGGUCUUUUCCAGGGAGUCUUCUCUUCUCAUGAGGUGGCCAAAGUCUUGGAGCCUCAGCUUCAGGAUCUGUCCUUCCAGUGAGCACUCAGGGCUGAUUUCCUUCCGAAUAGAGAGGUUUGAUCUUCUUGCAGUCCAUGGCACUCUCAAGAGUCUCCUCCAGCACCAGAAUUCAAAAGCAUCCAUUCUUCGGCCAUCAGCCUUCUUGAUGGUCCAGGAAUCACUUCCAUACAUCACUACUGGGAAAACCAGAGCUUGAACUAUACGGACUUUUGUUGGCAAGGUGAUGUCUCUGCUUUUUAAGAUGCUGUCUAGGUUUGUCAUCGCUUUCCUCUCAAGAAGCAGACGUCCUUUAAUUUCGUGGCUGCUGUCACCAUCUGUAGUGAUCAUGGAGCCCAAGAAAGUAAAAUCUCUCACUGCCUCUUCCCCUUCUAUUUGCCAGGAAGUGAUGGGCCCAGUGGCCAUGAUCUUUGUUUUUUUUGAUGUUGAGCUUCAGACCAUAUUUUGCGCUCUCCUCUUUCACCCUCAUCAAAAGGUUCUUUAAUUCCUCCUCACUUUCUGCCAUCAAGGUUGUGUCAUCUGCAUAUCUGAGGUUGUUGAUAUUUCUUUGGCCACAUUUACACCAUCCAUUUCAAGCACGAUGGUGCUGCCUUAAAAAGCCAUGGUCCGCCCCCCCCCCAAAAAAAAGGAUUCUGGGAAAUGCGGUUUGCUAAGGGCGCCCAGAGUUCUUUGGAGAUCUUUAUUUCUCCUCCCAGAACUACAGUUCCCAAGGAAAGAGCGGUUGAUUGUAAAACCGCUCUGGAAAUUAUAGCCCUGCGAGGGGUUGGGAAAUAGGGGACGCUCUCCUAACCCCAGACAAACUACAGUUCCCAGAAUUAUUUAGCGGGUGGGCAGCCUGUUUAAAGGUGGCAUAGCGGUUUGGUGUGGAAGUGGCUAUAAAGAGUUUUCAGGGGGAGCAAAAAUGUCAAGCGUGCCAAGAAGCUAAUUUUCGCAGCGCCUGGUUCCCGGCUGAUGUGAAUCGUUGGCCCUGGGGCGUACGGGUCUCUGAAAAGCACCCCAUUUCUGGGGACGCAGCAAUUGGGCAGGGGGAAAACAUUUCCAGAAAAUAAUAAGAAUAAGAAUAAGAAUAAUUUAUUAUUUAUACCCCACCCAUCUGGCUGGGCUUCCCCAGCCACUCUGGGCGGCCUCCAACCAAACAUCAAAAUACAGUAAUACAUCAGACAUUAAAAGCUUCCCUAAACAGGACUGCCUUCAGAUGUCUUCUAAAAGUUUGGUAGUUGUUGUUCUCUUUGACAUCUGGUGGGAGGGCGUUCCACAGGGCGGGAGCCACCACCGAGAAGGCCCUCUGCCUGGUUCCCUGUAACUUGGCUUCGCGCAGGGAGGGAACCACCAGAAGGCCCUCGGUGCUGGACCUCAGUGUCCGGGCAGAACGAUGGGGGUGGAGACACUCCUUCAGGGAUACUGGACCGUUUAGGGCUUUCAAGGUCAACACCAACACUUUGAAUUGUGCUUGGAAACGUACUGGGAGACAAUGUAGGUCUUUCAAGACCGGUGUUAUGUGGUCUCGGCGGCCGCUCCCAGUCAACGCUGCCCCGUGCGUUGCCUAAUUCUCCACCCUCCUCCUUCAUCGCCUCACUUCCCAGCUAUGCUGAACUCUUCCUAAUCUUAUCUUUUAAGCCUUUUCAUUUCGGCUUCCAGCCGACUCUCUGUUUGGCUCAUCUGUUUGUUGGUAACCGAGAGAGAAUCGCGUCUGCUGUGCUGUUGCCAGGAUCCAAGCAAGGCCCGAUUAGCGUAAAAAAACGCAGUUGGCAUACCAAACUCUUAAAUAAUAAUAAUAAUAAUUUAUUAUUUAUUUAUUUUAUUUUAUUUUAUUUAUUUUAUUUUAUUUAUUAUUUUAUUUAUUUAUUUAUUUAUUUAUUUAUUGUUAUUUAUACCUCGCCCAUCUGGCUGAGAUUCCCCAGCCACUCUGGGCGGCUUCCAAUCAAGUGUUAAAAACAGUACAACAUUAAAUAUUAAAAACUUCCCUAAACAGGCCUGCCUUCAGAUGUCUUUUAAAGAGAAGAUAGCUGCUUAUUUCCUUCACAGGAAAGGGCGGGUGCCACUACUGAGAAGGCCCUCUGCCUGGUUCCCUGUAACCUCACUUCUCGUAAGGAGGGAACCGCCAGAAGGCCCUUGGCACUGGAUCUCAGUGUCUGGGCUGGACGAUGGGGGUGGAGACGCUCCUUCAGGGGUACUGGGCCGUUUAGGGCUCUCAAGGUCAGCACCAACACUUUGAAUUGUGCUUGGAAACGUACUGGGAGCCAAUGCGGAUCUCUCAGGACCGGUGUUAUGUAUUCCGGCAGCUGCUCCCAGUUCCCAGUCUAGCCGCCACCUUCUGGAUUAAUUGCAGUUUCCGGGUCCCCUUCAAAGGUAGCCCCACGUAGAGCGCAUUGCAGUAGUCCAAAUGGUAGCCAUCCUUGGCGUUUCAUGGGGCGGUUUGUAACAUUUCACUCGCCUCGGGCUCAUCAGCUCCACAUCCCAGCCAAUAUCGCAAUUCCUGCUUUCUCUGAUUUCGCAGCUUGGGCCGAGAUUCAAACGGGGGGCUCCUGUCCUUUCUCACCACCUGCGUGGCCUUCCGCAUGGAGUUGGCCUUUAGCUCAAAACUGCAGGGGACCAGCGACUGGCUUCAAACGAAGCCAGGUUCCUAGUCCUCACCAUGGGUUGUGUGUCUCCCUGUCGCACCCAACGAGGACAGGUUGCUGUUGUUUGGGAACUUUCACGUUUAGACAAAAGGCAAGCGAGGGAGUUUGUAAAAAGUUACAUGUGCCACCCUGACACUGGACCCGAACCUGGACAUUGGAAGGUCCAGGACAGGUCUGUUUAGCUGCGGAACUCCCUGCCACCCGGUCGGCCGCUGUGAGAACAGGUAAGGUAAAGGUCCAGUCGUGGCCGACUCUGGGGUUGCGGCGCUCAUCUCGCUUUAUUGGCUGAGGGAGCCGGCGUACAGUUUCCGGGUCAUGUGGCCAGCAGGACUAAGCCGCUUCUGGCGAACCAGAGCAGCGCACGGAAACGCUGUUUACCUUCCCGCCGGAGCGGUACCUAUUGAUCUACUUGCACUUUGAGGUGCUUUCGAACUGCUAGGUUGGCAGGAGCAGGGACCGAGCAACGGGAGCUCACUCCGUCGCAGGGAUUCGAACCGCCGACCUCCUGAUCGGCAAGUCCUAGGCUCUGUGGUGUAACCCACAGCGCCACCUGCGGACGUGGGACUAAAUGGGCCCGAUCCUGCAUGGCGUCUUCCGGGACCUUCCUUCCUUCAAAGUGUAAAAUCCAUAGGUUUGCUCCCAAUGCAGCCCUGGUUUAGACCAACCGUUUUGGUCCUGCCUUCUUGUUGUUUUUUUGCAGAAGGGGCAGAAGUACCUGCCCCCCCUGCCCAAAGAAACCUCACCUGAAUCGUAGCCAAAGACUCCCAUCACCAUCUGCCGAUCUGGAGGUGGGAAGCCGCUGUCUAAAGCUUUAUUUCAAAGGCAUUUUCCACCUCCUUCCAUCUUCCUCCCUGGGGUGUUCUGUUGCGGCUCUCAGUUCAUCUCUGUAGUCGUACACAAACCCUCUUCAGGGAUUUGUGGCUGGCUGCCCAGUUUCUACAGAGUCUUGUCUCUUCCCCUUCCCUUCCCUUCCCUUCUCUUUCUCUCUGCUUCCAUCCUCAAAUUUCCUUUCUUUAUAUAUAAUUUUUUAUUAGUUUUUUAACAUAUCAUUUUCAACAAUAAUUAAACAUAAUUCUACAUCUUAUUCAAAUUUUUGACUUCCAUCAAUCCUGUCUGAAAAUUUUCCAAUCUAAUCUCUUAGUAUGCAUUUCUUAUCUUCCCGGUUACAUUUCAAACUCAUAACCAAUAUCUCUAUCUUUUUCUACUUUGCAACACUUCGUAUAUUUCUCCUUACAAAACUUAUUGUACUCCUACUAGCGUAAUUUGUUGAUGACAUGCUCUUCAAAUAAUUCAUAUACUUUUUCCAAUCUUCUGUAAAUCUCUGGUCCCACAGGUUUCGAAUCCUUCCUGUCAUAUUGUCCAAUUCUGCAUAGUCCAUUAAUUUUGUCCUCAAAUUUCCAAUUUGCUUUUGAAGCUGAGAAGAUGCAUCCCCACUUCCAGGCCUAAAUAACAACAACAACAUCAUCAAUUAUUAUUAUUUCUAAUGAAAUUUAUUACGGUCAGAGACCACCUUGUAAAACACAAAUGGAACUACAAUCCCAAUAGAACUAUUAUUCUUAUUAUUUAUUGCUUAUACCUGCCCAUCUGGCUGGGUUUCCCCAGCCUCUCUGGGCUGCUCCCAACAGAAUAUUAAAAGCACGAUAAAACAUCAAACAUUAAAAACUUCCCAAAACAGUUCUGCCUUCAGAUGUCUUAUAAAAGUCAGAUAGUUGUUUGUUUCCUUGACAUCUGGCAGGAGGGCGUUCCACAGGGAGGGAGCCACCACCGAGAAGGCCCUCUGCCUGGUUCCUUGUAACCUCACUUCUCGCAGGGAGGGAACCUCUUGUGCUCAGGUCAGUUUUCCACGGGCAGCUGGUUUGCCCGCCGUAGGAGGGCAGGAUCAGGGCCGGAUUUCUGUUUGAUGACGCCCCAAGCUACUGAAGGUAACGGUGACCCUUUCUAUGUCCAGCUGUCCUUUGUCAACAACAAAUUGCCUUUGUUUUUUGUGUUGAAUAUAUGCUACAUGGUAAUUGAUGGACCUAAUAGGUAUCUCAAGCCAUUUGCACAUCAGUCCAUGCAGAAUGUCGGUACCCUAUAUAUAGAAAGGAGCAAACCAGUGAUAUUUUAGGGAGCAGGCUAGCAGGCGGGGCCCAUGACUUACAUUGUAGGAGCCUACCCAACACAAAACACUGUUGCUGGAUGUAGGUUUUAUUUUAUUUGUCUUUUAUCUUAUAUUUUGGAAAUGUACAUCCAGGUUGUUUUUUCCUUUAAUUUUUUUAGUGGACCCCAAGAGAGCGGGGCCCUAAUCUAUAGCUUGUUUAGCUUAUACGUAAAUCCGGCACUUAUACGUAAAUCCCGCCUCUACUUGCAUUCUGAACAUUACACACUUUCUUUCCCUUCCAGGUGACUUCGACCUCGAGAAGGUUAAAGAGUCCACCUACUUCUUCAGCUGA